CUUUGUUAGGUGCAAAGAUGGCGGAGCCCAGGAACUAAGACAAUUGUGUUUCUUUUGUACAGGAAAGGAGAUCGGUAAGUGUUGGCAGCGCAUUCUUCCCUUUUAGCGGCCAAAUCCUGCUCUGGCCAACCAGUUCUCCUUGCCAGAGCUAGUUAUAGAACCCGGGCACCCCAGUCUCCCACCUUUGUUUUAAUUCCGGUGCAAACUAUCUUCAGCUUUUCGCGAUCUCUCUCUUUGUUGAAUGAAUGCACCAGGUCCGAUGUGUUCAGAAUUUAACAGGGAAUCCCAUAUGUGUGCAUAUGGAAUAAAGUCUCUCUGAAUUUAACGGGAUUUACUCCCAGGUAAGCAUGUUUAACAUUGCAACCUAAGAGUAUACACUCAGGAUCUCCAAAUCAGGCCUAAAUGGUGUGUGAUCUUGAGUACUUGUUCUUGUUUCAAAGUAUGAAAAGCGUCUUGCUGCCUUAGAGCAAGGUUCAGCAUCAUUUAUUUACAGUGGUACCUUGGGUUACAGACGCUUCAAGUUACAGACCCCAAUAACUCAGAAUCUUAGCAAGUGCCAGGUGGUCCAACAUAAAUUAGCUAGCGGUUCACUAUGAUCUGCCUUCUCCCAAUCUCUUUUCUAGUCUACAUUAUUUCCCUAGGAGUUUUUUUUAAGGACUAGUGUCUUUGACCUGGGUUCUCAGACCUCCCUAAUAGAUGAGGAGUAGCUGGAUGUAGUUAUUCAAAUGUGAAAUGAAGAUAUUUCAUAUCAUUUUACUUGUCUCAUGCGUUGGUUAACAACCACUUCAUGGAUUACUCUUUUUUUUGUAAUGUAGCCUAAGGUUGACACUGUUAGACUCAGUGGAACUUCCAAGUAAGCAUGAUGCACAGGAAUGGAUUCUCAACAUGUUUUACAAGUACAACUGUAAAGUGGGGACUAUGAUAUGUUGUUGUAACUUCAGAGUGCACCAUCCAGUGUUCAUUGUGCUUUAAAGAGGGCAGGUUUCUUCGCUGAGGAGCUUAUAGCCUAAAACGUGUCUCAUAAACAUAUGCUGAUUCAGGAGCGAUGGUUAGUAAUGGCUCGGUGAGUGUAUAUUUAACAGCAAAUACUGGCUUGUGAAAAAGCCCUUUUUUCUGAGCAGAUGUAAGCUGGCGUGAAUGCCUGCUUCUUACCUGUUCUGUGUGUGAGAAUCUGCAUAGGUGUGCUUGCUCUGCUGGUCUUGUAAACAUAGGACCAGCCAUCACUGCUGGUUUACUAGUAAACUGAGAUUUUCCCAAAAGAGGCGUAAGAAGGGGCCUGCUGGAUCAGAUGAAAGGUCCAUCUAAUUCAGCAUCUGCUUUCCCACAGUGGCCAGUAGACGCUUCUAGGAUGCCUGCAAACUUAGUUUGAAGAUAGGGGCCCUUCCCAGCUGUUACCACCUUCCAACUGGUAUUCAGUGGUUUACAGCAAGAAUAUGGAAGCUCCAUAUAGGCAUCAUGGCUAAUAGGCAUUCAUAUAUUUUUUCCUCCUUAAAUUUGCCUAAUCCCUUUUUAAAACUAUCACCACAUCUUCUGACAGCAAGAAUAAAUAAAUUAUACAUUGUGGUGAUGAAGGACUUGAGUCUGACAAGAAUCAUCUACAAAUCAAGUUCGUUGUGUGACUAUGUUCUAGUACUAUGGGUCGCCAUUUUCUCCACAUCAUGUCCACUCUUCAUUUUCUUUCUUUCCUAAAAAAAACCCACCCAAGUGAUUUAUUCCUUCCUCCUGGGAAAGGUACUCUAACCACUUGAUCAUUUGGGUUGCCUCUUCCUGCACCUUUUACAGCUACAUAUCCUUCUUGAGAUGAGCUUAACAGAAUGUAUGCCACAGGGGUAGGGUGACCUGAUCUGGGCCUGAUCCUUCUCUCUCCUACCUGCAGCAAAUGGGGGAUGAAUUAGAGUGAUGUGCAAAUGUGGUCUACCUGUCCUGCUGAUCUCAUUCAUUUAAUUUUGGUUCUGGGUCAGGCAAACCAGAUAGAAUGGUGGGAUUUACCAAAUAUCUUCUGCUUUCUGUAGCUCAGCCCUUCUGUUUCUUAGACAAAAGCAUUAGAAUUUGACAUGCGAAAAUGAUUUCCUCCCUAGGCCUGGGAGUAUAAACCAGGAAUUCAGGUUUCCCACUUUUUCUACCCAAUUUGCAAGACCUACCAGUGCCAUUUCAUUUUGCUGCAUUUGUAUAGGCAUGCAACAUAUGAAGCAAGGUUCAGAGACUUGUUUUUGAUCAUUUGCAACAUUAAAUUGCAAAAUUGUGCUAUAUUUUAAGCAAAGGAAUUUAUGCCUUUGGUCAUCAGUAAUUAAAUGGGAUGCCUGACAUAGUCACUCAGGCUGCAGUCAUAAACAUAAUUAGAGAAUUGGUUCUUUUGAACACAGAGGGACUUACAUCCUGAUUAAAAACAUGUAUAGGAUUGCAUUGUUUAAAACCAGUGGGCUGGUCAGACGUGCUCCUGUAGAAUAACGACCUAUCUAAAACCUGGACAUGCUUAUGUAUGUGCACAAGCUAUAUGAAUGAUUGUGAAUUCUUCCUUCCCUAACUCACCUAGCACUGUAUGGCACUACCUGCUUUUCAAAUGUAUUUUUUGGAAGUGGAAAUAGAGGACAGGAUCUGGCUGCCUCUCACAUUUGAAUGUCAAGUACUGUUCUUUGAGGGAAACAGCUUGUUAUAAGCCAAAUGUCUAAGCAAAAUGGGGCCUGUAUAUGGCAUAUAGGAGGUGGGAGGGAUAAGAGUAUGGGCUUGGGAAACACAGGUUCAAAUCUUUGUGUACAGGAAGUACAUGGAAGGCACCGAGAAAGGGUUUUCUUAGCCUAAAGGAUGUAGGGGUUACUCUGUGCACACUGGAAAAUGUUAUAGGGUUGUUUAAUAAUAACUGGAGUGCUGGAAACUCAACAGGGAUAUAUGGCAGAGUUGCUGUGUCAUGUUUUUCUGUUUCCUUUAGGACAGGAAGAUGAUGAAAGUGGUCAACCUCAAACAGGCCAUCCUCCAGGCUUGGAAGGAGCGGUGGAGUGAUUACCAGUGGGCCAUAAACAUGAAAAAGUUCUUUCCCCGGGGGACUACAUGGGACAUCCUGAAUUUAGCAGGUCUGGUUCAAAGUUCGUACAAAUCAUAAGUGUUGAGUUUGUUUUUCCUAAAGUUAACUUUGUGACCUAUAAGCAAUAAACUGCAGUUGCCUACUGUUUUGACAGCAUAGAUAUUAGCACUUGACUGAAAAUGCCCCAGCCACUGCAGUGGUUUCUAGUUCUUUAUAGCGCUGCAUUAUAUUUAGUGGCUACAGGGAGGUCCAUCAGUUGCAUCAUGUUAGAGAUGAUGCAGGUGGUGCUGCAGGUUUGGAGUAACUACCUUUUUCCUUCUGAAAAGAAAUAUAUUUUCUCUAGUUUGGGUGCUGCCUAAAGAACUUCAGCAAGCUGGCAGCUACAAAUUAUGAAAUGGAUUAAAAAAGUAAUAUUUGAGUCUUGCGGCUUUUUCAAAUGCCCCAGCUCUUCCCUCUUAUGCUAUGCUACUUGCACAUGAGUAAGAAGGUGUGUGUGUAGUUUGUUUGCUUUCAGAUGCUUUAAAUUGUUUUUCUGUUUUGAUGUGUACCACCCUGUGCUCCACUGGGAAUAGAAUAGAAAUUUAAUAAAUGAAAAAAAAUACAUUUCAUGUGUAUUGUGUCAGAAUACAAGGCAGUAAACAUGACUAAAUCACAAUGUAGUUGUAAAUUUUGGUGCUGCAAAAGACAAUUAGUUAAGGUGAAUGGGCACCAUGCAACUGAAUAUUCUGAAUUCAUCAAUUGUUUUAUAUUUUGUAUUUUAAGACUCAAGUUGUGGGCAGUUUUGAGAGAGGCUGCUACUGACAUUGCCUCUGCCUACUCCUGUUAUGAAGAUAAAUGCAGAUAAUUAGACAGAGACCGAUUUGCCAGAUCUGUGUGUGCCUUGACUUGUGUCUCCCCAUUUGCCCACAUAAAGGAUGUACAGUGGUGCCCCGCAAGACGAAUUCCUCGCAAGAUGGAAAACCCGCUAGACGAAAGGGUUUUCCGUUUUUGAGUUGCUUCGCAGGACGAAUUUCCCUAUCGGCUUGCUUUGCAAGACGAAAAUGUCUUGCAAGUCUUGAGAUUUUUUUUUCGCUCCCCCCCCCUUUAUCUAAGCCGCUAAGCCUUUAAUAGCCUUUUAGCAGCUAAUCCGCUAAGCCGCUAAGCCUUUAAUAGCCGCUAAACCGCUAAUAGCGCUAAUCCGUUAAGCCGCUAAUAGGGUUGCUUCGCAAGACGAAAAAACCGCUAGACGAAGACACUCGCGGAACGGAUUAAUUUCGUCUUGCGAGGCACCACUGUAUAUCCACUUUUUUUUUGCUGUACCCCAGUACCAUUUUUCAAACAUAAUACCAAACCAUGGUUUAGCAUGAUAGCCAGCCUAGUUCGUAGGCAAAUUACGGUUUGUGUUCAACAAACUAUGAUUUAUUACGGGGUGGGGAAUUUGGCUGGUGGGCCAGAUCCAAAAAUUCCUCAACUCCCUGCAGGCCACACUGGCAGGUGGGUGGGUGGGGCCGUCCACCUCUCAGCCAUCUGAUGUUGCAUGGUGGUUUGCCUUGCUUCAGAGAAGCCAUGGGCUGGAAAACCAGGAACAAACCUUGGUUACAGCUUGUGAUUUGUGUGGAGCAAGACAAACUAAAAGGCCUGGGUUUAGAUGACAUGCUAAGCCAAACCAUGGAUUAGCUCGCAGCAGGAGGCCCAGAGAAGGAAUAAAGCGGCUGCAAGUUCCUCUCUGGGUACCCUCACACCUGUGUUCAUGCUAAGCCAUAGUUCGGCUUAGUGUUAUGAGCAAGCCACACCAUUCUCAACUCUGUUAAAAUUUGUCUUUGCUUAGGCUCUUGCCAGUGUAUUAACUAAAGUUUUUGUUGGUUAAUCAACCAAUUAAACUGAGGUUAUCAGACUGGCUUGCAGUGGCCUUCAAACAUUUUGUUAAGACUCAUCUGUUUCUGGAAGGCCUUUUGAUGAGCUGUAACUUUAGCAGGUCUAUCUCCUUACCGGUUCUUCAAUUUUAUUGCACAUCUCGCAGUCAUUGAAAACGCAUCUAAAAACUUACACAAUGUUUUAAGUUGGCUUUGGAAAGUUUAAAUUUGGGGUUUUUUGGUCGUUGGGCUGAUGUGUGGUUCUGAUAUAGCUCAAAAGGUGGUAUUGAAAUGAAUUAAAGAGCACAUAGUUAUAAUAAUUAGAAGAAUCACUUUCACAUUGUGUGCAUUGAAAAUUAAAGAAGAAGAAAGGCAGAAGGAGUGACCUAAGGGAAUUCAGACCUACUCAACUAUUCUGGGGCCUCUUAAUGUUCUGAUUGCUAGAACUGGAGUGAUUGAGAAGAAGUAAUGGGUGGAGUUAUGAGAGCAAAACUCCUGGUUGACUUCUUGGAGCAAGAAUGAGUAGUAUAGAGUUCAAAUCAAUCUUAUGUCUUGUUUAAACUUUGGAGCAAGCCUAUUUUCAAAUCAUGCUGUAAAGGUAAAGGACCUCUGGAUGGUUAAGUCCAGUCAAAGGCGACUAUGGGGUUGCAGUGCUCAUCUUGCUUUCAGGCUGAGGGAGCCGGUGUUUGUCCAUAGACAGCUUUCCGGGUCAUGUGGCCAGCAUGACUAAACCGCUUUUGGCACAACGGAGCACCGUGAUGGAAAUCAGAGCGCAUGGAAACACCGUAUACCUUCCUGCCGCAGCAGUACUUAUUUAUCUACUUGCACUGGUGUGCUUUCGAACUGCUAGGUUGGCAGUUCUCAAGUAGAGAACUAUGGUUAAACCAUAGUUUAUCUGUUGUUUGUCUGGAUUAGAACAUAAUGCUAAUCUGUAGUAAAUUACAAACAGAAGUGGAAGUGUCUGAGCACCUCUUCAUGGGCACACCAGAGGAUGAAGACGACAUGCAAGCCCCAGAUUCUCCUUGGCUUGUUCACAUAAUGAUAAACCAUAGUUCGCUGUUCCAUCUGAAUGGGACCACAGUGAAAAUUAAACUUGUUUCAGAUUUAAUUUUCUAAUACAGGUACACAUUCAGACCAUGUUGCCCUCUAGAUCCUGAAACCUGAGACCUAAGUAGACACUGUCCACAGGUUGUCAUACUUGGUUUCAUAACAUUAAGGACUAAAAGCUUCCUUUUUAGGGAAAUAUUAUAUAUGUGAUACUUGGAAUUCUUAUAUAUUACUGAAUUUUGUGUUACCACUUCCCUGUAGUUUUCUGGGCUUCCCUCUCUUUUGGCUGUUGCUUGCAUUCCUCUUCUGUUUUAAUAAUUUCUUUUCUUUUCAAAACCCAGAUGACACUUUUAUGGUCAUUUUAGUUAUCUUUUCUUGUACAGUACAAGCUUUGGAAUUAAGUUUGCACAGUACUUUUUUUUUUUAAGGCGGCAAAGAUUUUAUGGCUGGGAUCUGUUUUGUUUAAUUUUGUAACAUACUAUGUGGAUUAAUGAUGAACUAUAAACCGCAGUGAUCAUCAUUAAUACAGUGGUGCCCCGCAAGACGAAUGCCUCGCAAGACGGAAAAACCGCUAGACGAAAGGGUUUUCCGUUUUGAAGUUGCUUCACAGGACGAAUUCCCCUAUGGGCUUGCUUCGCAAGACGAAAAUACCUUGCGAGUCUUGAGAUUUUUUUUUCGCUUCCCCCCCCCUUUAUCUAAUCUGCUAAGCCUUUAAUAGCCUUUAAUAGCCAUUUAGCAGCUCAUCCCCUAAGCCUUUAAGCCUUUAAUAGCCGCUAAACCGCUAAUAGCGCUAAUAGCGCUAAUCCGUCAAUGGGCUUGCUUCGCAAGACGAAAAAACCGCUAGACGAAGACUCUCGCGGAACGGAUUAAUUUCGUCUUGCGAGGCACCACUGUACUCCUGCGUGACUUCUGGAGUUUUCCAGCUGAACCACAGAAGAUUUGGGUUCUUUGUUUGGACGUGACAACUUUAUGUCUGCGUAAGCUGUGGAAACUCUCCUCCACACGAAGGCCGUGGAUGGACUGUAAAUGAUGGGUGCCUUUGUGAGUAGCUGUAGUAGUUGGAGGAGGAAUAAUCACGGUGUUGACAUUGAUAACUCUCCAAAGGUCAUAGGAGAUGGAUAUGUCCAUUGGAGGGAAGUCCUCAUGUUGUGAACUGCUUUGGGUAGAUGGAACUGUGAGCAGGCCUAGCGGUUGCUAAGGGUACCUUAGGAAGGACUGUAGGAAACUGGGCCUUGAGUGGGCUGGUCAGCCUUAAAAGGGCACACCUGUGGUGGCUGUAGCUGUUGCUACGGGCAACUCCAGAAUACAGAUAACUGAGAAACGAUGCAUUGUAAGCAAUAGCAUUAGACAUAGGAUGCAGCACCACUGGCUAGGCCUAGCGAUUGCUAACACUGGAACAACUUAAUGGCUGAGAUUGCUGUUUGGGGUAGCCCCUCGCUGGGCCUAAAUUGUUGAUGGGGUGUGGUUCACUGUGAAGGUGUGCAUCGCCUGAAUUGUUAGUUUGCCUUUGGUGUAGUCUCUUUCUAGUUGUGGUUGGCGACCUUUUGAGUACAUUGUGGAUGUUGAUGCGAGGCAGGGCUGGAUUUAGGUUUGAUGAGGCCCUAAGCUACUGAAGGUAAUGGGGCGCUCUAUAUGUCCAGCUGUCCUUUGUCAACAACAAAUUGCCACUGUUUUUUUGUGUUGAAUAUAUGCUAUAUGGUAAUUUGUGGACCUAAUUAUGUAACCUAAUCUGUAUGUAGGUUUUAUUUUAUUUGUUUUUUAUCUUAUAUUUUGGAAAUGUACAUCCCGGUUUUUUGUUUCCUUUUUAAAAAAAUUUAGGCCCCCAAGAGAGUGGGGCCCUAAUAUAAUAAUAAUAAAUUUUUAUUUAUACCCAGCCCUUCCCGGUUCAGAAAACCAGGCUCAGGGCGGCUAACAACAAAUUUAAAACACUUAAUUGUAGAAGCAGCAUAAAAUACAGUAUAAAAACAUGAAUAACAAUAAAAUUCAAAGUUCUUGUUUAGCUUAUAUGUAAAUCCGGCACUGAUGGGCGGGGUGUGUCAUUUAUACACCGGUAGGCAAAGAGGGCCAACCAUGCAACGGGGGAUUGUGGCCUUUUUUUGGGUCUGAUUCGAAAAGGGAGCGGGGAGUAAUAGUUAAAGGGCACACAGCAAAAUGGGUUUGACUUGGAAAAUCCCUCCCCAUACCCCUGUAGUUAUUCAGAUGGUUAAUCAAAAGCUUGACUGAGCAGAUAAGACGUAUGCUGCCCCUUUCAGCCUUGCCAAAUCUGGCAUGUUGGCAGGCUGCCACUGGGAAGCGCAUGCCAGCAGUUGGUGCUCAUUCUGCUGAGAGAUCUUGCCUGCCAUCUCUCCACAGCCCCUUCCCUCCGUACCACCUUCAGUCUUAGGAAAAAGCAUCUGCGUACGCUGCUGCUGCCAGCGAGCAGAGGUGAGGUCUGAGAAGAGUCUGUGUACAUGUCCUUUUCCAUCUGAGGCUGCAGAGGUCAGGCAGAGGUCAUUGCAUUGACUGCAGCAAUUUCUGCACAUGGGGAGAGUGUGUGGCCACGGUGUCCAUUUCCUAUCCAGAAUGCCACCAACUGCCUCUUUUCUUCCUUGAAUUAUUUACUCCGCCGCCGCCGCCAGAGAAUGCAAUAUUAUAGCAUCCUUGCAAUUCCUGAGAGUUCCCCACGUUUUGUGAGAGGCUGUGGCCAUAAUAGUCUUUAUUCUUCAUGAGAGUGUAUAUACAUUUCCCAGAUUGAAUUUCUUUCCUUUUUUUCCUUCUCUUUUUAAUUGCAGAAGCACUUCUUGAGCAAGCCAUGAUUGGCCCAUCGCCAAACCCACUGCUCCUGUCCUAUCUGAAGUAUGCCAUUAGUUCCCAGGUAAUAAUCCCAUCGUAGACCCUUUCAUCUUCAGAGUGUGUAAACACAUUAAUGGGUGAAUUAUUUAGUUAGGAAAUCUGUACGUUUUUAAAAAAUUGAUUUUUUGACAGAACCAUGACCUAAGUAACUCAACAAAGUUUUCCUGCUUUUUUCCUUUCUAAAGUACUUGACCACUUUUAUUUGUUUUACAAUGCAUAAUUUUUAUGAAAUAAAUAAACAAAUAUUUAUUUAUUUUGCAUGAUUCUGUAGUUCUUACUCGUUUGCAUAAUUUAUUCUGGUUUUGCUAAAUUUUAGGGAAGGUGAUAUGCAGGGCAUUGAAGCUCUACCCCAAACCACUGGAAAUCUUACUAAGUGCCUUUUCUGGAUUCAGAAAUUUCAAAAUAAGUUACCCACACGUUUUCGGGCACAUCUUUACAACCACAAGCGCUAGACACUUGCUAUUUUAAAAAGUAAAACGUGUGCAUCUGAAGAAGCAGAAUUCUGAAGAAUUCUGUGCCAGUGUAGUCUUGAACGUUAUAUUUUUGGUUUAGGUGUUCAAGGGUUGUUAUAGGCUGUUGGACCAAUUAGAAAGAAAAACAAGUGAAUGUUUACUAAGCAGUUGCUACUAAAGGACCUGCGGGUCCGAAAGAGAAUCUUGGGAUAUUUGUUCACCUUACGCCAAGUUGAUACUGACAAUGCGUUUUCCCACAUAGCAAUUUUCCGAAGAUGAAAAUGACAAAUGGCCUUUCCUCUCUCUUCCUCUUACUACAAGAGGUGCUUGGCUGUGUGCAUACAAGAUGCCUGCAAGACCCCUCGCCACAGAGAGAAGCUUUUCAGUUGCUUUUUAACUUCUUUCCUCCUCUCUACUUGCUCACUGUAAAGUUGAUGUGAAGCAAAUAUGCCAUCACCUAAAAAUGUCUGUUUAAAUUUGUGCCAGACCAGUGCUUGAGCAACAAGCUGCGUCCCUGUUAAGUGACCUUGUCGCCCCCCCUCGGCGGUCGAAAUGGCAAGGCUUGUUUGUGGAUUGGUUUGUUUAAAUGUUAUCUUUGGCUUGUAACCAUCUCUCUCUCUCUCUCUCUCUUUGUAUUGUUUACAGAUGGUGUCCUAUUCUUCAGUUCUGAUGGCCAUCAGCAAGGUAGCAUUCCAGCAUUUCUCUCUCCACCUUUACCUAAAUCCUGAGCACCACUUUCUUUCCCAAUAUCCCUUGAUAGAAGGUAUCAGUGAAUACUGUGGGAUUGUGGGAACUUCACUGCAGCAUUGUGUAUGAUAUACAACCAGCAGCUUUUGUAAGCUCAGAAGAGAAGCACAGCAAUGGCAUGUUUCUAGCCCUCAUCGUUAUGUACAAAUGUAGUUACUAUUGAUGGCUGAAAGCUGUCAGAAUAUACGUUGCAGGUUUUGCUAAACUGAAGUUUUGAGAGGAGAUGAGGCUUGUUUGCAUUCUAGCAUUCUCCGAGUUUAUCCCUGCCUUCUUUUUCAGACAUGUGCCUUUCCCUGCUUUCCUAGUCCUUCACAAGUGAAUCAGUAUAAUCUUCACAAUAUGGUAGAAAAUAAAAUAGAAAUGGCAUGGUUUGUCGCUAUUUCAGAAUCCUGGGUUCUUUACAGAAUUUGAGAUUUUAAAAGACUUACAAAGCCCUUGCUAAACUGGAAAAAAUAGAUCAUGAUGUUUAAGCAGGCAGCAGAUCUGAAUCCACCUCUCCUGAGCCUCUCACAUGGUAGUCUUGCUCACCUCCUUCUUGAGAUCCAUUAACUGCAGCUACCAGGAGUUGAACUUGAACUCUCAUAUAUAAAAACAUCCUCUUCACUGCUGGGCUUCCAACCCUGUAGAAGUGUAGGCUGAGUAGAGGUUAGCAGACAAAAGCCAGCAGAAAUCCAAAUGGUACACAACAAAUGGAACAUACAAUACUUUUCCUUUAGUGUUUCUUUGCAGAGUUUCUUUAGUCAGUUACUAAAGUAUUUGCAAAGUGGGCCUAGUUUAAAAAUGUAUGCCCCAGAGGGUGUUUGCCGUGGACCCCCUCUUGCCCCCUCUCCCCUCGUUUUGCACCAGGAAGACUCCAAAUCACUUCUGGAUUUCUUUAAUGGAUAGCCAAGGCAAAAUGCAAACCAAAACCAAGGUGCUGAUAGGAUAGUUGGUGAUUCAGUGGAUUUGGGAGUUGAUGUUUUGCCCAUUCUGGAUUGAGUUGCACUCUCACUUAAGGAGCAGGUUUGUAACUUGGGGGUGGGGAUGUUCUGUUACAUCCAGCCCCCUCCUUAGAUGCUUGAGUUGCAUACAUGGGACAAAGCGACCUUUCAUCAGCUAGGCGUACUAAUUAUGGCCCCUUCUAGGCAGAGAUGGCCUUGGUGCAAUUAUCAUUGCACUUGUAACAGCCAGCCUAGACUAUAUGAGGUGCUGCAGCUGGUUCAGAACAUCGCUGGAGUUAAAUAAUUCUGAAACUCCAGUACUGAUUCUAAAAAAAUGCGUUGGAACUGGUGCACUGCUGGACUCAAUUCGAGAAACUGUGAUAAACUGUACUACUUUUUUAAUUUAUUUCAUAAAAAUUUAUAUGGCAUUUGAUUAUAAGAAAAAGAAACUUGUACUGUAUUUUUGAACUGCACCACUUCAAAUGGAAUUAACAAAAGCCUGUGUAGGAAGAAAACAAGGAUCUCAAGGUCCUUUCCUAGCCAUCUCCUGAGUGUGUCAGUUUUCUAUGUAAAGUGUGAGAUUGAUGUAAUUUUUACAUGACGUAUUUAAAAACACUGUCCCACAACUCUACUCUCGAGUAGUACAGUCUUCGGAGCAAUCUACUAAGUGGUUUUGCUGAGAAUGUAGACAUGAAUGGCCACUGUGUCAGGGACUAUAAAAUCACAAGAAUAUCAGUCUUACAAGGAUCUGCAAGGCAAAAUGUGAAAUGGAAACUGGAAACCAGUGUACAAGUGUUCUGCUUAGACUACUGAGGAUUGAAAUCUCUUCAUGACCACAGUCUUGGGGCUGAUCAUAUCUCCUCUUCCCCAUCUACCACAUUAGGUUUCACCAUUCUGUUGACCUAGGCCUGAUCUAUAUCGUCCAAAAUAGUUCGUAUCGCGAUAUUGGUUUCAUAAUUUUUGACCUGGCAAUAUAUUGCAAAUUGUGUGUGUGCGCGCUAUGCAAAAAUCUAAAUGUGGGAAAAACCAGGAAGCCAGCCAAAAUCUCUACAUAGCUCCACACUUAUUUCAGACAUUGUGAUAUAUCAGUAUAUCACAGCGUUUAGCUGGUGAUAUAUCACAAAGCUGAAAACCAGACAUCACCCAGCCCUACUGUUCGCCUCUACAUAGUUCCAUCCAUAUUUCAGACAUUGCGAUGUUUACCUGGUGAUAUAUUGCAAUGUUGAAAACCAGAUAUCACCCAGCUGUGACUCGUAGCUGUGUUUAUAAGACCAGGUAUGCACUUCCAGCUCACAGUUCUUUCUUUUCACGCUUUGAUUUCUCUCUUCUCAUAGAAUGUAUGAAGAGCCUUAUAAAUCAGACCAAAAGCCCAUAUAGCCCAGUAUCUUAUUCUUGGAGUGGACAGCCAGGUGCCUAUGGGAAGCCAGCACACAAGACCUGAGCACAAUGGCACUCCCAACUUGUGAUUCCAAGCAACAGGCAGUACACAGCCAUCAUGGCUGGUAGCUUUACAUGCCGUGAACUUGUCUUCAUUCCCUUUUGAAUCUGUCCCAAGUCCGUGUUUUGCAUUCUUUUCUUUUGACACCAGCUCUUGCUUUUGUUUUACCUGUUUCAGUUUGAUGACUUCUCCCGAGACCUCUGUGUCCAGUCAUUGCUGGAAAUCAUGGAUAUGUUCUGUGACCGGCUCAGGUAGGGAGUGAGGGAUACUUUCCAGUACACACGUAUGUAGUGCGACAUAAUCCAAAGUGGGCAGAAGCUGAACAAUAAUCAGCUAAUGGACCACCUGGCACCUGCUGGUUCUUGGGAUUGUUGAAAAAGAAUUACUGAGUAGGUGGGCCUCCAUCUGAUCUGGCAAGGGACUCCUUAGGUUCUUAAAUAAGAGCACGUACCGUGCUUUUCCGUGUAUAAGACUAGGUUUUUUUCUUUAAAAAUCAUGCUGAAAAACGGGGGUCGUCUUAUAUAUGGGUAUAAGGGUGGAUGUUUGAUUGGUUGCUGCCGCAGCUGUUAGCAGCUAUUGUGCAUGUUAUUGGUUGCUGUGUCAAUGGUUGGUGUUGAUUGGUUGACGCUGCGGCAGUUGGGCGGGUGAUUGGCAGCUUCUGCCAGUGAGGGGACAGACGAGAAGCAGACUUUGCGACGUGUGCGGAUGAGUGAUUUUCAGCAGUCCCCCCUAAAAAAAGCUCAAAAACCAUGGGUAAUCCCCCCCCCAAAAGCUCAACAACUCUGUGCCAUCUCCCCCCCAUUUUCUUAAAUCUGAGUCCCUCAAAAUAGGGGGCGUCUUAUACAUGGGGGCGUCUUAUACAGGGAAAAGUACAGUACUCUGUUUUGCUGAACUGUGCCUUGACUCUAGUUACUGGUAGGUAGCCGUGUUGGUCUGCCGUAGUCGAAACAAAAUAAAAAAAUUCCUUCCAGCAGCACCUUACAGACCAACUAAGUUUGUUCUUGGUACGAGCUUUCGUGUGCAUGCACACAAAAGCUCAUACCAAGAACAAACUUAGUUGGUCUGUAAGGUGCUAUUGAAAGGAAUUUUUUUAUUUUGUGCCUUGACUGUUAGGCGAUCCUAAGUAUGCACUCUUGCGUUGUAAAUUGGAUCAUGGUAAUUCUAGCUUUUUAAAUAAAGCUCCUACAAGACUGAAAUUGACUCACAGCAGACAUAAACAACAACUAACAGCCACCAACUACAUCUCCUAAUAAUUAAAGCAGAACUAAUUUGCAUUGGAUAUACAGUAUACUUGCCCGUGUAAGAACAUGAAAGUGUAAUGAGAGGUUUCUUCACCCAACAAAAUGCUUACCAGAAAAAGAUUAGAGAAGGGGAAGACUACGCUGAAAAGGCAAAACUGACCAGAAAGCUCAAGGACCAAGAAGACAAGAAAUUCAAGAAAGAAUGGGAAAAGUUUAUAAUUUAUUUAGGAGUGGCUGAUGAAAACAUUGGCAGAGUUUUAAUAUCCCUUGUAAUGUAACAGAUACUAUGGACAAUAUGGGUAGGUAUAAAAUACAGAUUACGAAAUAAUAUGCAGUUGAAAACAUUGACAGUAGGACCCAUGGAGGGGAUGGGGAGAAGUCUCAAUAUUCAAAGUAAUCUCUUUAUAUGGUUGUGUAUGAUUAUAAAUUUAUAUCUGUAAAAUAAAAAACAAUUUCAAAAAAGAAAAGAAAAAAGAACAAGAAAGUGUACUGCUAGAUCAGACCAAGGCCUGGCUAGUCCAGAGUGUCUUUAGAGUAUGUUCUUGAUACUUGGAAACAAUGGGGCUGUGUGCUAUGCUAGUCCUACUCAGAGCAGACCUAUUGAAAAUAAUGAACUGAAGGUGGGGGUAGGGGGAGAAAAAAGAAAACAAUGAACCAAAGUUCAUCAUGUCCAUUAACUUCAGCGGGUCUAUUCUGAGUAUGACCAGCAUUGGAUACCACCCUAUGAUGGCAUACUAGAGUGGAGGUGCUUUCUUAGGUAGGUUGGCCCAAGCCACAGAAGUCCUUGUAGCUCAAAAUCAGCUACUAGACUUGUGAUGUAAAGUAAUGGGGAGCCACAGGAAAGCUUUUUAGCCUAUAUAACAUGCUGUGUGCCAGUAUUAAAUGUGACAAUGUGCUACUUUAAAAAUAUAGAUUCAUCAAGUGCCUUGUCCAGUGGUCGUAAGUAGCUAGGGACAGAGUUUGUACAGGACAUGCAUAUGCGUGCCCACAAAAUACAGAGCAUUGGAGUUUGGAGGAUGAAGAGCCCUUACAAUGAAAAUGCCUAAAUUGGCAGCAAUAUGUGCUGAAACCCCCUGAGUUGUAUGCAGUGACUGACAUUGCAAAUGUUAUAUGUUAUAUUCGCAACCGUGAGAACUAGAAAUGCGCUUUUUAAAAUGUGCAGAAUGAUGUAUCAGUAAAAGAACACAAGUCAGGAGACCCAGUUCUGCCCUCCAUACAGGAGAACCACAGUUUUUCAUGGAACUCUUAUAUCUUUGCUUUUAUCAAAGAAUAAAACCCCUGCCUUUCUAAAAUCUUGACAAAGCCUGUGAUAUUUUUUCUAUAAGAGCUCUUAGUUUAUUUAGAGCUAACAGGUGAGUACACUGGAGCAGACUGAAAUAGGAGGAAGCAGGAACUCUCCCUUCCUACAAGAAAACAGAAACAAUGAAUAUUAACCUGUCACCAGAAUGGUGAUAAACAGCUGUUCUCAGCCAUAUACAAAGCCGACGACUUAAUCCUCUCCCUGGUUAAUUCAAUCUUCUGUUUUUCAAUUUGAUCAAAACCCUUCAGGUCUGGGAUUAUUUGUUCCUAUUGCAGUAGUGCUUGUCCCAUUGAGAGGGUUUCUUCUUCAAUCCUCGUUCGCUUUCUGAGCCAGGCCACUUUAAUCAUAGGCUUGGAUAAUUUUCCUUUCCCCUUUUUAAUUUGUUUAAACAAAGGCAAGUACUGUGGAGAUGGUGAAUGUGACAGUGUACCCAGCAGUGCCACAGGGUGCAAGCUCCAGAUGCUUGAUUUCUUCCAGUCAUUGAUUCUGGCGUCCCAGGAUGGUAGGAGAAAUCCCCCAUUAUCCUCUCCCUUCCUGGGGUUGCUGUGAAGCCCCAGUAAAACAGUAUUGGGCAGAGAUGCUUGCAGGCUUAAGGAGGUUGGGCAACAGAGUUUUGCGACUUGAGCCAUUCUCUGAGUCCCUACAUUCUCCAAGUACUGCUGUGUGCUGGCAGUAAGGAUAUGUCACAUUAUUGUGAAUUGCUUUUAAAAGUAAAGGGACCCCUGACCAUUAGGUCCAGUCGUGGCUGACUCUGGGGUUGUGGCGCUCAUCUCGCUUUAUUGGCUGAGGGAGCCAUCGUACAGCUUCCGGGUCAUGUGGCCAGCAUGACUUAAGCCGCUUCUGGCAAACCAGAGCAGCGCACAGAAACGCUGUUUACCUUCCCGCCGGAGCGGUACCUAUUUAUCUACUUGCACUUUGACGUGCCUUCAAACUGCUAGGUGGGCAGGAGCAGGGACUGAGCAACGGGAGCUCACCUCAUCGUGGGGAUUCGAACCGCCGACCUUCUGAUCGGCAAGUCCUAGGCUCUGUGGUUUAGACCACAGCACCACCCACGUCCCUUGUGAAUAGCUUUACGUACAUAUUAUCUCAGUGAUUCUUAAAAUAGUCCCGUAAGGUAGGUACCUGAGUGUCAUUACGCUUAUAUUGCAGACGGAGGGUUGAAGCUGAGAUAAUGGCUUGCCUGAGCACCCUGGCAAGUUCCUAUUGCAAGAUACGAAUUGAACCAGGAACUUCCUGGUUUGCAGUUUAGUCUCUUAAUAGGCUCCGCAGAGUCCCUGAAAAUGUACUUGGUCUUCUUUUCACUGAACCACACACAGCUUCGCAGCUUUUAUUCACUACUUCCUGUGGAUGAAGGCACGCACCUUAUGUCAUAAAUGCAUCUGCCGCCACCCAGUCCCUUGUCUAUUGCAUUCAGCAUCUUCACAUAGUAAAUAUGCCUAGACUUGACAGACCAUUGGGACUCUCAGGAAUGAGGCUACUGUAUCUCUUCAGUAAGGGCACCUAGAGUGCUCAGACAUCACUGACAGUUACUGUGAAACUCGCAUGAGGCAGCUGAGGAAGAGGAAAAUUUCCAACAACAAUUUCCAACCCCUUUCAGUGUUCCUCCCUUCUUGCUGUACUAAAACAACAACAGAAAUUUGAGUAAAGCAAGGAUGGAGAAACACUGAGGGACUGUUCUUUUUUAAAAAAGCAAGCAAACUAGUUUUAAUGAGGAGAAAUAGCAGAGCUGGGGGUAAACAGAAGGAGAGAGGGGAUAAGGCAAGGAAACGGGGGUUAUCUGUGUGCAAGAGAGAGUUCAGAAAAGCAAGGAGGGGGUAGGAAAAAGGGGAAUGAAGGUGAAAAUCAGAGGGCAAAGGGGACUGCACAAAAAUAGGGAGUGUGAGGCAUGGGAAUGGAGUUGAAGAUGAAGGUGGGGACAUGAAAAGGUAUUUAGAUGGCCAUUCACUGUUUUUCUACUAGUUCAGGCUUCUUGUCCUGCCUCUGUCAUUUGGCACAGUAAAGCAGAACACAAAUAGAAGAAGACCGUCCCUGAUUGUGUUCACAUUCAAGUUGUCUUUUCUGCUCCCAUCUCUGUCCUGCCUCUCCCCCUCCCCCUGAGACGUUACUGGAUGGUCCCCGGCACACUUUUCUUUUGGUGGUUCUUUCGUUGUCUCCCAAGUUCCCACGCACAUGUGAGUGGAGCUUGGGGGGGGGCAAUGAGACCUGGAAAAUGAUGCAGGUGUCCCAAAGUGAAGUUCUUAGGGCCACCGAAGUCAUGUGACUGAAUUUGCCCUCUCUUUUUUGCUUUUUGUUCAGCUGCCAUGGCAAGGCAGAAGAAUGCAUUGGCCUCUGCCGUGCCUUGAUGAGUGUCCUCAAUUGGAUGUUGCGCUGUGCUGCCUUCUACACAGAGAAAAUGAAGGAGCCUCUGGAGCAGGGGUCUGCUGAGAACCAGCUCACGAUGUGCCUGGAGCGGCUGGCAAAGAUCCUGGGCAGCACCAAGAACCGGGCCCUGAUUCAUAUAGCCAAGCUGGAAGAGACACGUAAGUGGCUGGUGGUCUUGUGGGAGAGAGGCAAAAUAUUUACAUUGAGAACUGUAGGGCUUGAUUUGAAUCCAAGAUUCCAGUGGCAACUACAGGACUCUCCUGUAGUUUUGGUAUGGAUCCCCCCCCCCCCCGAAAAUCACAAGGGCCCUUUACAAGAUCUGAAGUAGCACCACCCCAGUCUUCUUUAUUCACGGGCCUUGUUUCUUCUCCUUUGCCUACAUGGAGAUUGCACUGCUGCUUCCCUAUUGGGCAAGCCUGCUGUUUCACAGCUUUCCCUCAAAAAAAUUAAUAUUUGGAAAUACUCUGAUGCCUGUUUUUAAACUUCAGAGUCUCCAUUGCCUUUUUAAAAAGUUCAACAUGGAAGCAGCAUCUUCAGCGUUCGAGGUGUGACCCUAAACAUUAAUAAAUUUACCUAGCCUCCGUUUGAGGAAACGGUUUCACAAAGAGGUAAACUACACUCUUAGAAGGUCCUGGGGUCAACCCCUAGCAUCUCCCAAGGCAGCAGAACUGGGGAAAAUCUAUUACCAAGGGCUAAGAGCUGAUUGGAACUUAAAAUGCUGCUUUUCCUUUUUAGCUUCCUGGAGCGCGAUCGAACAAUCUCUUUCCAAGCUGGGAGACAAUUUAGGACACAUCAGCAACAGCCAGUUGCAAAGCCAGGCAGAGGAGUGCAUCGGCCUUGUCAAGAGGUGGGAAAAUGGCAGCUGCAUGGUGAAGAGCAAGCUUUUUCCUCUCUGUACACAAACGGAACCGAACUUCUAAUACCUCCUCUUCCUCCCUGUCCCAAUUUUCCACACAGUAUCCCCACUAUGCUCUCUGUGCACGCGGAACAGCUGAACAAAACUGGCUUCCCCACGAUCCAUGCCGUGGUGCUGCUAGAGGGGACAAUGAACCUGACUGGAGAGCCGCAGCCGCUGGUGGAGCAACUCAUGAUGGUCAAAAGGAUGCAGGUAUGGCUGGACCAUAGGAAGGAUGCUUUGUGUCACUGCGUCUGUGACUCCCAUUGGAGUCCCAUCACAUGGUAGAAAUGUUCCACUUCAGACUGCAGCUGGGGGCUUGCAUAUUUGAAUUUUCUUCCAUGAAUAAAGAAGAACAUCCAGCACUUAGGUAGCUAGCAUGUUGUAGGAAGACUGGACUAGAUCCUUUCCCCCUGGCACAGAGUUUUCUAUAUGAAUAAUGUGCUUGUAUAGCAGUGAAUUCAGUCCUGUGGUCCCUCCUAUGCAUUCCGAAACGGUACUGUCCAGGAUCAGUUUUACCAUGAGGCGAACUGUUUAUCUAGUCUGGGCAUCUGUUGUACCUCUCUUUUGAAAUACAAAUUAAAACAAUGGAAAAUUAAAGAGAGUUAAGAUGACAGUAGGAGACCUAUACUGGCUGUAUAGUGCUGGCUUUGCCCUAUAAGUUUGGGGAUGGAAAGAGGAAAAAGGCAGAUGUAGCUUUUAAAGCAAACUUUCUGUGCUUUUGGUUGGAAACUUGGGAGAGCUGGGAGCUUCUAGUCUCUGGAGAGAAUGCUUCAGCAUAAUUUCUCCCGCCGUUACUCACUUAGCAGGCUGAUGACCAAAGCCCAAGUUUUCUUGUGAUGCUUCUCUCUUUCUCUCUGAAGUGUAGGAGGGGAUGGUGGCUUCAUAACUGGACGUAAGGGUGCUUAGUAGUUGAAUUGUGUAGGAGGAAGACGCAGGAAGUUACCCACAGACGUGGUGUAUAGGGGAGCUUGCGGUAAAGGAGGGAGGAAUGGACAUGAGGGUAAAGGUGAAAACAGGUACAUGGUGGGGCUGCAGAAUACAAAAGAGAAGUGGCUUCAGAAAUGGCUUGGGAAGGUGGAAAACAAGCUUAGUAAUUGUAUGGGAUGGGAAGGGGAAGGAAGCUCUAGGGGUUAAUGUGGGAGGAAUGGCAGGGGGUUGGUGAGCAGGGGUGCAGCUCCUAGUAAAAGAACAAUGUGGUUGUGUGUGGUUGUGUGUGUGUUGCUGCAAGGAAGAGAGCAAAACAUGGAGCGGGUGUCUAUGAUAGGAAAGGAUAUUGUUAUUGAAAUUGGAGUCCUACCUCACUUUGUAUGGGCAUGAAUGAAUCUGUGUAGAAGUGGGUGCAAAGAACAAGGAAGAAGCUAUUUGAGUCGAGAGAGUUUGGAGGAUCUGAGAGGGAGGCAGUAUUUUUGUGAAGAGCUGUUGGACAGGGAUUGGGGAAAACCAGGACUAGAGGGAGGCUCUGUUAUUUAGUAGCAUAUGUUAUACUUGCAAGGGAGGUGGGGGCCGUAUCUGCUUUCUAAUAAGAGAAGUACACAGGCGCCAUGCCAUCUGUCCUCUAAGCUCUUCUCGUUCAUUUGUGAGUGGGGGAGGAGGAAGGGGGGGCGCUGCACUCGCGUUGUAGAAAGAGGGACUGUCGGUGCUUCUAGGCACUUACUCUUGCUGGCUAGGAUAAAUUAUUACAGGUUAUCAAGCCCAGCUGCAGUUUGUGGACUCUUGGCUGAAGGAUCAUGAUGCACAACGCUCUUCAGAGUGUGGGAAGUCUGCUUUGCAUGAGAAGUUGAGGUGAUGGUGGAAUAGGACUGCUGGAUAGUCCAACGAGUGUGCUAGAAAUCUUGCAUCCAGCCUUUUUUUUUGUCAGUACUGUGCCACUCUGAAUCCAAACUGUGUUCCCUGAGGAAGACCCUGAGGCCUUCUCUCCCUGUGUCUCUUCUCCCUGCUAGCGCAUUCCGUCCCCACUUUUCAUUCUGGAAAUCUGGAAAGCCUGCUUUGUGGGGCUGAUUGAGUCUCCUGAAGGGACAGAGGAACUCAAAUGGACAGCCUUCACAUUCCUCAAGGUAAGGUGCCCUUAGGCCCAAAUAGCUGGGGCUCAGCCUUUCGUAAAGUUCCUUUGUUUAUCAUCUGAGUUUCCCAGCUUACCAAGCAACAGAGACCAAAAGGGUUAUGGGAAGUUGGAUAAAUUCAUGGUCGUUUUAGGGCAUCAGGUACAAGAGAGGGGGCAGUAACUCAGUGGUAGAGCGCAUGUGUUGCAUGCCCAAAGUCCAACCUUUGGUAUCUUCAUGUGAGGGCUGGGGAACAUCCCUUGCCUGAAAUCCUGGAGACAGUUGGUCACUCCCAGUUGGUGCAGACAGUACUGAACUAGAGGGACCCAUAGUCUGACUUGAUAUAAAGCAGUCCCUGCAUUCCUGAUACAUUGCCUUAGCCCAUGUUUCCUCCUGAGCUGUGUGGCUGACCUAGGUGAAGUGAAUGGGUUUCACGUUAUCCCUCACCUACCUUGCUUCUCCGUAAUUAAACAGUUUUCUCCCCCCUGCAUCAGGCUUCUUUCUGCUUCUAUUUUCUGACAUUGCACAGGCUUGAUAGACUCUCCCAAAUAUCUGGUUGAUAUUCCUGUUUUUCCAACCUGGUUGCACACACCCACCCAAUUAUCCUUGGGGUCUACCUGCAGCCCCCUGUCCCCUGCUUCAUUUUUUGAUAGGGGCACCUUUGGAGACGUGUAUCUGGACACUGAUUCCAAACUUUUAGCAGAAACUGAGAGUUUUAUGUUCAAGGCUGUGGUUGUUUUCUGCAACUGCAAGGUCUAGAAAUAUUAUUUAAGCAAAAUGGGGAAGGAGAGUGUCUCAGUAACCUGACCACUCUAGUGCUCCUUUCUAGGUUCUCAACCAGGGAAUCUAAACCUGUGGCCUUCAGGUGUCAUUGGACUCAGACUCCCAACAGCCUGAGUCAGUUUGGCCAGCGGGUCAGGAAUUGGGAACUGUAAUUGAACGACAUCUGGAAAGCUACAGAUUCUCAAUCUCUGCUUAAAACCUUUAUUGAACUCUGGCUGGGACCCAGCCUAAUGAGUGUAUGCUUGGGCCCGGAGUUCUCUUCAGAUAUAGAAGGCAUGGAUAGGUGUGUCCAACCUCGACCUCUGCAAUUGGCAGGCAGCACGAGACCUCUGGAUUGGCCAGUCUUGUGAGCACUUUGGAGCCCAGCCUUCUGCUUUUGACUGGUCAACAGAACAGUAACUACUGCCAACUCUACUCCAGUCCUCACCUCUGGCUUCAGGAACCCUGGGUUGGUAAAACACGCUGCUGAUCAGGAUCAAGUAUGGCUGCCCCUGUAUCAGUCCUGGCACAACGCAGCUGCAACAUUAGGGAUUAGGAAGGAAAAGGAAGAAAUACCAAAGUCCUCUAGGGUCUUGUUCAAAUGCUUUUACUCUCACACUGUAACCUCUGCCAUGAUAAUUCUUGCCCUUUGUAAUCAUAGUUUCCCCCAUCUGCAUCAAUGCAGGUUCUCAGAUCUACUGGCAGCCGGGGUGUUGGAUGCCAUUCACUAUUAUAGUGAGUGGAAACACCAAUCUCUUCUUAUGCUCUUUCUGGGCUGUCAUCCUUGGUAGAGCCUGGAGGAGUAUCUGUAUUUAGCUAUAUACUUCUUUUAUUUUUUUAUUUUUUUGCAAUGUAAACAUAAGCCAGAUGGCUCUGUCUUCCUUCUCCCUGGCUUUCUUGGUAAACACACUUGUGACGCUGCUAGAUUCCCCCAAAGAGAUCCAGAAAAUUGCAACUUAGCAUUCCCUGCCUGCUCAGUAAAUCUCCAUUGCAACUCAAGUACAUCAUGUAACUUAUCAGCCAUGCAAAGAGGAAUAAAUUAAGAAGUAUGAAAGACACACACACACACACACACACACACACACACACACACUCCUGAACAAACUGGAAAGCAAAAGAAAUAGCAAACAGUUAAUCUCUGGAGCUUGUUGCCAUAUGAUAGCAUGAAGAUCAGAUUAGACAUGCCUAAUUCUACAUUUAGGAGUUUGUUGGUUUUUUGAAUAUUUAUUUCCAGUUUCAUGCACAAAAUGCUUUCUUACCUUCAAAAGCAAGGGAGAAAUCGGUUUCAUAGCCGUGUUGAGAUUUUUAACCUUCCGAUUUAAUAUUUAGCGCCCUCAACCACAUUAGCGCCGCCCCCCCCCCCCGAUUUGUCACUGGAAGUAAUUAAGCCAGUUUGCGACUUUGACUUGGUCGAUAAGGAGACCGGAAGCGGCAACCAGACUGACUUUGAACCUUUUCUGAGCAUUAGUUAGGCUAGUUUCAUGUCAUGGAAUGUUUGUAGAUGGAACAUGAAAUGUUCUAACAUCGGAGUGUGAAGAUAAUAGUAAUAAGAAGUUGAAAAACAGCUUGACAUUUAUGAGGAAAGCAAAGGCCAGUUUGCACAGGGUCUGUGUGCAGUUAGGGUUCACGGGAGAACAGAGGUAGGAAAGUGUUUUGGGAAAGAGGACUACAAGCAGCUGUGGAAAACUUGGGACGCUCGUGAUAUGGCUGAACCAUCCUUGGCCAUGCUUGCUGGGGGUGAUGGGAGUUGUAGUUCAGCAACAUCUGGAGGGCCAGAGGAUUGUUAAAGGGCAAUGGGACUGAGUGGAACAGAAGUCAAGAACAACUGUCUUGCAGGGUCUAGGAAGAGGAGGAGGAGGGGCUGUGAAAAGGGGGAAGGGAGUGAAAAGGCAAAGGAGUUUUUGGCAGUCCAGGACGUGUGAACCAGGGAGCGAAAUUCACAAGGAGAUGGGGCGGGGGCGAUAGUUUUGAGCUCCCUUAUUAAAUUCUUACUUUGCUCUUUUUCAGAUUCCACAAGUACUUGUAAAACUGAAAAAAUAUCCUCAAGGAGAAAAGGUAAAGGUUGAUUUUUGAAAAGCAAAUCAUCAUCAUCACCACAACAGCUACGUCAGUGUUCUAUUUACAGUGGUACCUCGGGCUACAAACGCUUUGGGUUACAAACUCCACUAACCUGGAAGUAGUUGCUCCGGGUUGCAAACUUUGCCCCCCAGAUGAGAACAGAAAUCGUGCAGUGGUGACAUGGCAGCAGCAGGAGGCCCCAUUAGCAAAAGCGCACCUCAGGUUAAGAACAGUUUUGGGUUAAGAACGGACCUCCGAAACGAAUUAAGUUUGUAACCCGAGGUACCACUGUAUUUGUUUAGAACUGCUAAAAAUUAUUUGGGAAGAAAAAUGGAAGCAAAAUGGAAAAUCGAAGCAUGAUUUUAGUUUUGCAAUUAAGAGGGCUUAGGUUAAAGAUGGGAUUUUCAGUGAGAACAAGGCCCAUCAGUGACUCCAGCCAUGAUGGGUAAGGAUGAAGAGCCAGAAUUUCUAUGAUUAUCAUGCUUUAGGUCAAAGAAGAAAGGCAUUUCCAUCAUACCCUCUUUGUGAACUUCACAGAGGCAUUUGACUGCUGUCUGCUGUCUUAGACAGAAUGCUGGGCUAAAUGGAGCUUUUGGUUAAAAAGUAGUUCUUCUGCCACUGAGUGAGUUUAUGGCUAAAGUGGGAUUCGGACCGGUCUUCCCAGUCAUAGAGGUCAUCUAAUGCGGUCUUUAAGAGAGGCAGAUGAAAACAAAUUAGCCUCAAAGCUUAACUUUUGAGACUGCCUCCUUUAAAAAAUACAAAUUAAAAAAAUCACCUGCUAUUCAGAUUUCCCCUUUCAAACCUCAGCAUAAGUUUUCUUUUUCUUUCUAAAUUCAAUGCCACAUGAAAUCUGGGGGGGACAAAAAAUCAGUUCCACACACAUUUAUCAUAUUCUCCCUUACUCUAUAAAACCCCCAACUGCAAUGUACCACUUGCAAAGAGCAGUUCAAAAGAAGUAAUUCUUCACCAGUGUGUCUGCAGGGCUUCAGUUUACUUAAUCAAGUGGUUCAAGCUUCUAUACCACAAAAGGCGGGCAUGGAGAGAAACAAAACAACCAACCCUUUAAGUUUGCUGGAAUUUUUUUUCUAGCUUGUUCAAUGGCAAAUUCUGUAGCAUGAAACUUGCCGAAAAGAAAUGACCAGGAGCUAAUGUUCUCAGUGGGCUUAUUGGGAUGCACUGCCUUGGCCUGUUUUUAUAGGGGAUUAUGGGUGGGGAUUCCAGUACAGCAUUGGCAGACCCUUUAGAUGUAAGGAAGAAAAUAAUAAUAAUAGUGCAAUUGCAGGACUUUACCGAAGAUGUGAAUUGUGCCUUUGAGUUCCUCCUGAAGCUGACGCCCCUUCUGGACAAGGCCGACCAACGCUGCAAGUAGGUUCCCCUUCUUUGUGGCCCUUCAAGUAGAGGGGACAGAGCCCAAGGGCUUUUCCUGCUUGGCCUGGGAGUUCUUCUCUCAGUUUCACUCCCAUGUUUAUCAGGGUCUCUGCUCCCUUGAGAUGCCACUCUCUUAGCUGUCAGCCACCAUCCUUUGUCCUCCAAAGCUCCACUCCUUGAAUCUCAGGGUCUAACUCUUAGGGAGCUUGGCAACCCUAGUGUUACUGUCAGGAUGAAGGCUGCUUUUUAAAUUUAAUGUUGUUGUUGUUGUUUGAUGUAUUUAAUUGAACACAAAAAAUACAGCAAGUGACUAGAGACAGGACAUAAACACAUCAUUAUUUCCCCCGAUUGAACCAAGUUGAAUAGUGAGCAUUGAAGACUAGGUUGGAGGGAUAUUUUGGCCAAAACCAGUUUGGUAUUUGGAGGUGGGGCACGCAAGGUGGGAGAACGGUCAAGGUUGAGAUUGGAACAACCUGAUAGACACGGCAGAGUUGAGCAGGGUUAGAUAAUGGGAGAAAUUGCUGAGGUGGUUGUCAUCCAGAGGAAGUUAAAUGGACCAAUUUGUGAGGGAGGUGUGUUUGUUACCCAAACCGGAACCUGGUAGAAGCUCUCUGAAGUGGUCACCAGUCACAGAAACUGGUUUGGUUAGUAGAAGGGGCCUGUGGGAGGACUGGGCCUCUUCUUCACUGCUCAAACCUACUCCCUGUUUUCUUAACACAGUAACAUUCCAGAUGUUGAUUGGUUGACUGCGUUUACUUACAUGCCGCUGUGUCCAAAGCGGCUUACACCAAGCAUUCAAAGCAUCGAAAGAGAGUGUUGGAAACACAGAUAUACAAAAUACAGAACAAUAGCACUGACAACAGAAAACUAGAAGCUAGCACAGUUUAAUCUGAAAUGGGAAUUUUUCAAGGAAAAUUCCCUGUUUUCCCCCUGCUGGGUGGGAUAUAACAGGAGAUUAGAACUGGGGGAAGGGCCAGGGAAAGCGGACAGCCUUGUAAACAGAAUUCGCCAUGCAUAAGUUUGCUGCUGAUGUCGCAAUUAGAACUGUUUGUUCUGCAUGAUAGAUUAAGACCCAAACUCCCCAAUGUGUGAAGCAGUUGGUGUCGCUCUUGCAUAAAGUAGUAUUUUGAAUCAGUUUGGUCCAAUUUUCUUGUGCCCAGCUCUUGAACGCUUUGUUCUGUUAUGGAAACAUAAGCACAAACUUGAGGUGGUUCUUUCUUAACGCUUAAUCCUUCAGCCAGGGCUGGAUGUGCUCUGUGCAUGAUACAUGAUAAAUUGCCUGCCUAUGAGCUGUAGGGUACAAUGAGCAACUCCUGGAUUCUGUUCAUUCUGCACUCCUGUGGUCUCAACUUGCAAGUGCAGAAUUGCAUAAUUCAGCACCUUGAGAAUCCAGAUGUUUGUUUUAGGUUUCUGGUGGGUUUUUGGGGUAUUUUUGAGGUGGCAUGUCUUUAAAGUAGCCUUGAAAAUGAGUGGAUAGAGGCUCAGAAACGUUCAGUAAUUAGCGACCUCUCUCUCAUGGUUGGCAGAAAAACUCAAUAGGUUAUGCAAAGGAAGUGAGUGUACACAUGCAAAUGUGCUUUGUUUACAGAAUUGAGCCAACCAAUUUGGUUGGUCUUGUAGGUAGCUGUGUAGUAAUGGGAAGAGCAUUGAGCUUGGAUGGAGGAGACCAGGGUUCAUUUCCCUGCUCCUCAACUAGGAAGCUGGCUGGGCAGCAUUGAGCAAGCUUCUGUCUCUACCCGGAAGGCGUUUAUGUGGCUAAAAUGACAUAUUCCCCAUGAAAGCAAAACUUGGGAGUAGCACAGAUAGAAAUGCAAAACAUACUGCAGUGGGUCACUUAGGCCUCUAGAGACAAAGCUGUAUCUGUGGCCAUUCUCAAAAUGCUAACCAAUCCUUGAGUGGGGAGCACAACCCCCUUCAGGACAGGUUGAGCAAUUUCCUUACUGGGCCCAAAGCGAAAUUUAGAGCAUGCAGGUGUCGGUCACUGAAACCACACAUAUCCUUUUUGACCUUUUGAGCCUUUCAGCAGCGGUUGCUUCCACUCAAGGUUUGUCCUUUCCUUAACGCUGAGAAGACUAGAAGGUUGAAUCCUGGUAUCCUUUGUAUUCCUCCUUUCCCCAAUUGUUACUAUAUUUUCAACGUCAAAAAUGGCGCUCAGUAAAAACUGCAAAUUUUAUGACAGCUGAAACGCAAGGACGUUAUACCCGAACAAAGAGAGGCAUUUUAAUGGGAUUCUUUCUGUGCCUCCCAGUUAUAUUCUUUCACCUUUACUUGUAUUCCCACCAUCUCUUCCUUAACUCACCUUGUGCCAUCUAGUGUCCUUCCCCAAAAGGUCCAACGAGAGAACAGUCUGUCUCCAUUAUGGACCAUGUUUCUUCAUACAUUUUUACACAUGUUUUUUUCCUCUUUUGGUGGUGGUUCUUCCAGCUGUGACUGCACGAGCCUUCUCUUUCAAGAAUGUGGCAAGCAGGGUCUGCUCUCCGAAGCCAACAUGAACAACCUCAUAGCCAAACGGUAGGCUUAUCUAGCUUUGCACAAAAGGGGCAGUAGGCUAGGUGCAGGGGCAAAGGCGCAAAUAGUGGUUGCUUCAACAUUUCUUGAGCUUCUGCCCCUUAACUUGUGGGGAAGAGGAAAGGAAGUCCUUGGCUGCCUGACAACCGUCUUGAAGACGUUCCCCCAGCAGCCGUGCAUUAUUCUCAGCUUCUCUAAAACCAUGGGCGAAUGCAUGCGAUCAACUUAUCAAGUGGUAAAUGCAAGGAAGCUUGCCCAUUUCUUAAAUGUAAGCUUAAAAGUGCAAGUGUACACAAGUGACUGUGGCAGGCUUUGUUUUAAUCUGUGGCUGCUGUGGCUUCAGCUUCAUUUCCUGACUUACUCUGCUGCAGUGGAGGGAAGACAUCGCCCUCUGUGCCUUGCGGCAGCGUUUUGUCACUAGUUCUUUCUUUAGGGAAGUGGAUGGUUAAUAUAUUCCCACAAUCUUAAGGGUUUAUUCAUACUGAUAAUAGCGUUGUUGUUUCAAAGAGGCCACUGAAACUUCUCACCCUGUCUUUCAAAUCUUCUUUCUCUUAAGGGGGGGAAAAUACGGCUUUUUUUUUUAAAAAAAGAAAGAUUGCAUUUGGUUUUAAGCUGGCAAAGUCAUUAAAUGCGUUGCUUUUUAAGCCUGCGAAGCAUCUGCUGUGCUUAAUUUCACACCUUUUAAACUGGUUGGUGGUGGUGGGGGAAUUGGAUUCUCUCUCCCUCCCACCCACCUCUCAUCAUAGCACAAACUGACGCCUUAGCAAAUAAACCCUCAGACACACUGUAGUAAGCUGUCCAGUGCUGAUUUAGUCUUGUUUUAUUAAUAUGGAUUGGGCAAGGAUGUACGUAGACUUUUCCUUCCAUUUUCUUUCAGUUUCUGCUCAGGGUAUCCAGCCACAAACAGCUUGUGAGUAGGAGUUCUGUUUGCAUAUUAAAAGGUUGCUCCUCGACAAAAUACACUAAACUUAAGUUAAUAUUUUUUAAAAUUUUUUAAAAAACAACCUGUCAGAGGCUGUAGAUAUUUCAGCAUGUUUAAAUGAUAAACAGCACUUGGAAUUGAUAUCUGAACUCUUAAAAAAAAAAACUAUGGUAAAAAAGCAGGGGAGACAAAAAUCUUGCUUUGAAAGACAGCAGUAGCUGUGAAAUGCUGUAACUCAGGGGCUGUCUUCCUUACUCCAGGUCAUAUUUGCCUGCCACAGAUUACUAAUACAGAUGACCAGUUUAUUAAGUUGGGACUGCAGGCCUUCUUCAUCUGUUCUUCCAAAAGCCCCAGAACUUUUUGCUCCCCCUCUCCUUGAAAUCCUUCUAUUCUAGCUUGUCAUUGCAAGAAUUCUGUAGCUAAGAAAUAAUAGUUCCCGAGUUUGCUUCCCCACCCAACCCCUCCACCACCCUCUCAGUUGCAUUUCCUUUUCUGCAAUGUCCUUUUCAGAUUGUAAGCCUGGAGACAGGGACUGUCCUGUCGCUGACAUAGCGAGAUGAGCACCGCAACCCCAGAGUCGGUCACGACUGGCCCUAAUGGUCAGGGGUCCCUUUACCUUUACUUUUUUAGAACAAAAAUGUUUCAAAUAAAUCAGCUGUAAAUGUGGGGGAGCCUAGCCACAUGAUACGGUCUUCAAACUUUAGCACACAUGAGAAUGAGCCACAAGUGGAUGGGGGAAUCCCACCACAUUUUCCUAAAUACAGACUGGGGAUGGGAUACCUAUGGUUCUCCAGAUGUUGGACAACCAUUUACAUCACCCCCUGACCGUUGGCCACGCUGGCUGAACCUGAUAGAAGUUGGAGUCCAAAAGCUUCCAAAGGGUUAAAGGGUAUAGACAAAGCAAAACCAUGGUAGAAAACUUUACCACUCAGUCAGUUUGUCAUCUGCAUUGAGCCCACGGGGACUAGGAAGUCUUGUUUCUGAGAACCCACAGGUUAAAUAUGCAAGUUAACCUGAGUCAAACUCUCAGAAAUUAAAAGUUCAUUGCCCUGAAUUUUCAUCAGAAGCUUAUAGAUAUGUGAAUUUUGUACUGGUGGGGUGGCCCGUAUAGCAGAGCAUACCACUUUCAUUAAAGAGCUCUUUACCCUCUUAUUUCAACUUUGGGUAUUUUUCUUCUGACCUCACCCAGGACCGCUGAUCGGGAACAUGCGCCACGUUUAAAGUCUCCUGAGAAUGCUAACAUUCAGCCCAACCCAGGCCUCAUCCUGCGAGCGGAGCCCACCGUCACCAACAUCCUGAAAGUAGGCACUAACCUUGUGAUGGCAUCUUGAACACAGAAACUGGAAUACCUUUAUUAUUUUUAGUACUGCUGCUGUAGUAGUCUUUGGUGCUACUGAGGCCUAGACCAGGGGUAGGCAACCUAAGGCCCGUGGGCCGGAUGCGGCCCAAUCGCCUUCUCAAUCCGGCCUGUGGAUGGUCCAGGAAUCAGUGUGUUCUUACAUGAGUAGAAUGUGUCCUUUUAUUUAAAAUGCAUCUCUGGGUUAUUUGUAGGACUUGCCUGGUGUUUUUACAUGAGUAGAAUGUGUGCUUUUAUUUAAAAUGCAUCUCUGGGUUAUUUGCGGGGCAUUGGAAUUUGUUCAUUCCCCCCCCCCCCAAAAUAAAGUCCGGCCCACCACAAGGUCUGAGGGAUGGUGGACUGGCCCACGGCUGAAAAAGGUUGCUGACCCCUGGCCUAGACACACUCCUACUGAACUCGGUGGGCCUUAACCUCUGUGUGGACAUGCACAGUAGUUGUGUUUUGAAAUGAUUAUGUUUGGCUAUCUUCCCUUGAAGUUGCUCAGAGCAAUGUUUCAUCUCAGAGCUGUUAGGAGAUUAAGGCUACAAACUGAACAACCCCACUUACCUGGAAGUGAAGCCCACUGAGUUGCAUCCAAGUAGACAUGGUUUGAAUAGCACUGUAAAUUAGGUUGAAAGAAAGUGUCUUGUCUCUGGCUGAUAGCAGAGCUUCACAACUGGGGAUUUGAACCUACGCCUUGCAUAUCAAAGUGUAUCAAAUGAUUUCAAGGCAUUUUGGGGAAAGGGACAGGGUACAAAAUAUCUUGGGACAGUGGUCAGCUGAUGGCACAAGAAGCCACAUGAGUAGUUUGUCUGUGCUUGUAUUAGAGAGAACACAGUAAAACGCACACUAUUCUGCUGUUAUGUCACACCCAUUGGGCUGUCACACAUAAAUCUGUGGUGGCUUUGCCCCCUGGGACAAAGAGAGACACAGGAAUUGGGGGUGGCACACCAACAUUUACCAAGUUAGCAAAUAUUGUGAUCCUAGACAUAAGGUAUCUGAAAGUAUGGUUUACUGGAGAAACAACUACCAGUUUUGCUACUCUGAAGGUUAAGUACAGCCAAGCACAUUUUUACAAGGCCUGACAAACCUUUAUUGAAUGUGUAACCAAAGAAACAAUGGGUAGACCCUCAUCUGAAGUAUACAAAUGCCACUGGAAAGACAUCCAAGAACUAGACUUGGAAAUGCAAUCCAGAUAUAUCUGUUAAUUCUCUGAAGACUUCUCUAUGUAUUUUGUUACCUUCUUGUAUGUCUUGAUACUGCUUGUAAAGACAAUCAAGACAAUCUAUGGUAAGUUACGCAUUCUGUGUUUCCCCCCUCUUAGUUGGUUCUUUGUUAAUGUGUGUUGAUUGAUUGUGACUUAGUCAUAUUUUUUCUUUUUAAAAGAACGGAACCGGAGACAUUUCUGUGUUAAUUCUCUUUCUAAUAUUGGACAAAGCCUUCACAUUCCUUUUAGCAAUCGAUAAAUUUUCGCCUUUCUUUAGUUCAGGGAUUCCCAAGCUGUGAUCUGCUGGCUUAAUUCAGCUGGACCACGGCAUGUCCGCAUUCAUCUUAAUUCAGUGGUCUGCUGGCUUAAUUCAGCUGGACCACGGCAUGUCCGCAUUCAUCUUGAUUUUUAAUUGUAUUUUUAUUUCUCAUAUUGCAUUUUUUUGUUUUACAAUUUGAAUUCUGUGAAAUGGUGAUGAAUACCCAUGGGCAUGUAGUUAAGUUGCUAAGAACUGAUUUCUCUUUACACAAUUCUCUGUAGUUUGUUCCCUGCCGGCUACCAAUCGGGAACCUUCGUCGACUCAAUUACUUUCUUUCUUUAUUUCUCUGCUACUCCAGACAAUGGAUUCAGAUCACUCGAAAACCCCAGAAGGGCUGCUGGGCGUCUUGGGACAUAUGCUGUCUGGGAAGAGCUUGGAUCUGUUGUUGGCAGCUGCAGCAGCUACAGGGAAGCUGAAAGUCUUUGCCCGGAAAUUUAUCAAGUGAGUGGGUCUGGAUAUGAUUGGCCACUGCCUCCUUUCAAGUUGGGGAGCUGGAGGCUGUCACUACGGUCACAGAGCGUGCAAGUGCUAAAACACCCACCCACAGCUCGGUUGAACUUCUGCUGUUCAUUAGGGCUGGAGCACACACAACUGGCCAAUUUAAAAAAAAAGUCUUUAUUAAUAGUAAAAUAAAAAUAAUAAAAUAAAGUAAAAUAGUGAAAAUAAGCAAUGGGGUAUUAGCUCCGUCCAAGGCAUGAUGGAGAGCAGCAAUGGCUGGGAAAAGAUAGACAUAAGUGGACGGGAAGGAACACCACCAACAGAAUAAUUGUCACACACAGGAGGAAUAAGGAUAUAGUUUGAAUGCUUCACCUAUAGAUUUAUAAAUCAUUUAAUGUGUUAAGAUGAGCGGAUGUCGUUAAUAUUACAGUUGUUGUAUAACGGAUUGUUAUUUUGGAUGGAAUGUAAUUGAGAUGAAUAAGAUUUUGGAACGCAGAAAAGUAAAUCAUCAAACCAUUAGUUCUAGCACAUGCAGGAGCCCACCCAGAUUUUAUAAUUUGACAUUUGAAUGAUUGGGAUUAGUAAUUGUACUGUGAUUUGGCAUUGUUAUAAUGAGGCUACCAUUGGAUUAUUGUAAUUGAAAACUAAUAAAAAUUAUUUGGGGGGGGGAGGUAAAAAUAAUGUGAAGUAAAAUAGUAAAAAGAAAAGUAGCAAAAUAAAAUAGAACAGAACAGAUAAACAAUAUGCUCCAAGGCUAUAGUCUCACCCAGCCUUGCACUUCCAGUCCUGAACUUGGGAGAAUGAAAUAUUGUGCUGUUGUCAUUCAAAAGGAGCUUGCAAGGCUGGUGUGCAAUGGCUAAAAUGCAGUUGAACAUCCAUUGGUUGAGUGUGUUGGAAGCUGUACCCCACCUGGCUUCUGUCUACAUAGGAUUCAGGCUGUUUUUAGAUCCGCAUCAGCACUUCCAGGCACAGUUCAGUGGGGGAACCAUUGCACAAGGUGUUGGAGUAAAGCGCCCCCAGCUGUUAACAACUUAAAUAUUACUAUCUUCCCCUUCCUCCCCCUGUAGAAACAAUGAGACGGGUUCUUAGAUUUCACAUAGAUGGGAAACUGAGGUGGUGGCCGAAGCCUUGGUAGCAUGGUAGGCUGACCUAUCCCACAGCAAGAGCAGCGUGAACAGUGUCAGAUCAGCAGUUCCCAUUAACGUUUCUCUCCCCAGACAUCUUGUGAAACACCAAUCAUGACAUGACAUCACUGCAUGUUGUGUUCCUCUGCCCUGGGAGUUGGGAAACUGGAAAUACAUGUUGACAUGGUGACUUAGGUGUUGUUGGGGCAGCCCAAUACAGAUCUGCUGCUUUCAAUGGCAGCCAGGUGGCUUCCCUAACGUUUAGCACUGGCCUUGGAUCUAAGCCUUCAAGCCCGUAAGCCAGUCUAUCCUAACAGAACACAGGAGCUAUAUGUAUUUUAGCUGUAAGGCUGUUUUGCUUUUCUGAAUUCCUGCCAAUGACAAGAGAUCAACUCCCUGUCUCCAUUCCUCUUCUUUUAUUCCACAGCCCAUCCCCAAUUCCAUGUACGGCUGCUGCAUUUUUUUCUGAACCCAUUUGGGUCUUAGCUGAAGGGGCUAUUAGGUAGCCGCUCACGAGGCUGUUAAACCUCCCACAAGUGGCUAUCUUACAAGCACACUCAGGCCUUUCUGUACUUGAGCAAAUCAAGCAAGAUUGUGGGGUGGGGGGGUCUUCUCCCACCCGUUAUUAGAAGCAAACAAUUCUCCUGCAGGGUAAAGACAGAUUUGUUUUUGAUGUUGCUGCCAGGAGGGGGAACCGGGAGUGGGAGGUGGGGCUGGACUAUCUUUCGAGCCAUGUGAUGGUAGAUUUCUGUCACAAGACUCCUGUCUGAAUAAAUCUACUCCACUCUUACACGUAUAAGCUGCAAGCGUGCGAGCUCUAGCGCUGUGGCCAUGUGUAGUCCACACAAGUGUGGAAUAUGAUACCGAGUAUGUAAUUUGGCAUCCUAUGUGAGGUUGAAAGCGAAAGGCUGUGCCAUACCAAAAAGCAGGGCUUUCUUUCAGCCAGAACUCACCGGAACUAAGUGUGUCUGAGUUGGUGGGUUCUGUCACCUAUGUGGCGUGUUCCGGCAGCUCUAGCACUGCAGUAUGGUGGUGUGUGGCAGAGGCUGUGGGCAGAGGGUGGUGGCAUAAGGCUCCGGUGGUGGGACAAAGAAGAGAAGCUUUCUUAGGCGAUCCCACCCCUAACAGAAGCUCAACAACUUGGGUGCUCCUCCUCUUCUAUCUAGAAAAAAAGCCCUGCCAGAAUGUCAAAGUGUUUGCAUUAUGGGAACUUGGCUUGCUAGAUGAGCCACAUCUGGGUGGGAAAGGCCUGAAUCUUUUCCAAAAGAGUAAAGGCAGGCUAAGGUUGCAUCCACACUGUAUAUUUUCAGAGCAUAUCUAAAGCAAGCCCCCCCCCCCCCAAAAUAUGGGCACUGUAGCUUACCCACAGCAGAGCUUCAAUUCCCAGCACCCUUUACAAACUUUAGUUCCCAGGAUUCUUUGUGAGAAGAAAUGUGAAUUAAAUGUAUAGUGUGUUCACAGCCAAAGAGGAGAAGAAUGGAGGCGGGGAAUGGCUAAGAAGGUUUCACCUUGAUUUGAUUGGUACAAAGAAGAAAGGAUGGGGCAGCACCCAAAUUCAAGUCCCACUUGAGAUGUGCAUUUAGUCUUGCCAAGUUGGUUCUUUUUAUCAUCUGUAGAAUGGGAAUGAUUGCGACCUACUUUUUAAGUUCGCAUCGUGUUUCGCACAGCAAGGUGAUCAACAUUUUAGAAAGCAAAAAAAUAAAUAUGUGGGGGCAGUUAUGAUACUUGGUUUGGUCCCUUACAAAAUAAAUGCAGCCUUAGCUCAUUUUUUCCCCUUUUCUGUUCCUUCACCUUUCAUUUUAGGCUUAAUGAACUUACCAAGCACAUCAGCGGAGAAGGCUGUAAGUCCCUGUUGUCUUGCUUUAUUUCUUUUCUUUUCAGUCUGAUGUUACUGCAGCUCCUUCCUGAGGCUCUAGAUUUUUUUGCGUGUUAACUGAAAAGUCUGGAGGGGGUGGGGAAGAGUUGAAAGUGAGCCAUGGUGCCUGGCAGCGUAGGCAGUGCCAGCGCAGCAUUCCUGAUGCAACAAGGGGGGCAUUCAAGUUAUGACUGGGGUCUCUUUGUCUUUUGGGCUACCACGUGCAUCCUCCUGUUUCCCCACCACCCCUGAGAAUAGUCACUUUGUGCUGCUUGGUGGGGGACCUCGGCCCUGGGAGGGGAAGGGUUAACUUGCAGCUGCAACCUCCCUCUCCUCUCCCCUUCCUUUCCUCCCCACAGUCCUCUGAGCGUCCAUACAGCUCAAGUCCUUUGGAUGGAGUGAUGUGUGUGAAUCCCACUUAACCCAAGAUAAGGAUUCUGAAUGCGUUUUGCAUGUGAUUAAAUGCACAAAAGACCCUCUGACCUUCCACUGGACUGAUGGGAAAGGGAGCUCUCUUUAGCCAUUGACAGUUUUUGUUUCCUCCUUGUUCAUUUUUCAAGAUGUUUGAAGUGCUUUGAAACUGUUAAGCUUGGUCACACCCUCAAAAGGGUUUGAUAAAAAGUGAGGAGCUGGAAAGAGGGGCCUGAGUCCGAUUUUCAUUAGGGAUGUCCAUUGCUCUGUUCCUGCUGCUUUCUAUGAUUACUAGAAGGCCAGUAAAUAGAUAGGGACGCAGGUGGCACUGUGGUCUAAACCACUGGGCCUCUUGGGCUUGCCGAUCAGAAGGUUGGCGGUUCGAAUCCCUGUGACAGGGUGAGUUCUUGUUGCUCUGUCCCAGCUCCUGCGAACCUAGCAGUUCGAAAGCACACCUGUGCAAGUAGAUAAAUAGGUACCGCUGCGGUGGGAAGGUAAACGGCAUUUCCAUGUGCUCUGGUUUCCAUCACGGUGUUCCAUUGCGCCAGAAGCAUUUUAGUCAUGCUGGCCAUAUGACCCAUAAAGCUGUCUGUGGACAAACGCUGGCUCCCUCGGCCUGAAAGCGAGAUGAGCACCACAACCCCAUAGUCGAAUUUGACUGGACUUAACCCUCCAGGGGGUCCUUUUUAAAUAAAUAGGGAUUUGUGGGGGGGGGUCAUUUAUAUAUGCAUAUUUGGAGGAAAGGCAGAGAAGAAAGAUGCAUGUACCAAAAGCCCAGUCAACAACACUGUUUUCAAAAGAUGUCUAAAAGAAAGCAGGGUCGAGCCCUGCCGGACUUCUCUUGGCAAGGAGUUCCACAGGGCAGGGCCAGCCCCAGGCUAAAGGCGCAGAAGGCAUAUGGGAUGAGGGACUGCCAGAAGCGCCCCAUCAGAGGCUGUCAGUGAUCAGUGUGGGACGUAAGGACUCAGGAAUGGAAAGAAACCAAAAAACACAGAGCGAGAGAACUCCUCUUGUGUCAGUACAACGAACGAGAAUGUAGUUGCAGAGCACUUCUUAUGCACCAGAUGUAGUUAAUGGUCAUAAUAAAUUACUGAUAUAUCUCUUGUUGUUGUUGAUAUCUCUGUUGUUGUUGUUGUUGUUGUUGUUGUGUGAACUUAUUGUUGUGGGUUUCCUCCCACUUCUCUAGCCAAAGCGGCGUCAGUCAGAGCGCUUCUCUUCGACAUUUCCUUCCUCAUGCUGUGCCAUGUCGCCCAGACCUACGGCUCUGAGGUAGGGUCUUCUCUACGCUGUACAAUACGGGGGCAAGGGAGAGGUAAUGGUGGAGGAGAGGUUCUCUGCAUAGGCACAGAGAUGUAAGUAAAAGGGGGUUCUUCUCUGAACACGUCCAGUGUAUCUUCCGAGCUUUCCACUCUCUUCUCCCCUCCCCCUGUGAGGAAUAUUUUUAAUUUGCUUUGAGUUUUGUCAUAAGCCACCCUGAGAACUUGGCAACAGGGCGCCAUGAAAAUGCCAUAAGUAAGCAAAUGGGGUGGCCAAAAUCCUGACAGUGAGAGCUUAUUCCAGGCACGGGAAACCAGGUCCCAUGUUCAUGCCCUGCAUGUGUUGUCCCUAACCUCUCACUCACUAGGUGGCGCUGUUGCUGUGGUCGAGGGCUUCAUGAUGGCUCUACCCUGCCCAACUCCUUUGGCCAUCUCUCUUUCAGGUGAUCCUUUCUGAAGCUGGUCCACCUGGGGAAGUGCCUUUCUUUGAGACCUGGAUGCAGACCUGCAUGCCAGAGGAAGGGAAGAUCCUCAACCCUGACCACCCUUGCUUCCGGCCCGAUUCCACCAAGGUGGAGUCUCUAGUUGCUUUGCUCAACAAUUCGUCAGAAAUGAAGUUGGUGUAAGUAGCUGUGCUAGAAUAGCUUUGCCUAGGAAUUGGUGCGCUAAAAAUAGCAUGCUGAAGGUUCCCACCUCUCCUGAGUGUCAGUCGCUUUCUUCAUGCUGCAGGGCUGUUCAUUGUUUUCUCUGUCCAUGCCAUAGAGCGGAUUCCUAAACCUCUAGGCUUUUGAUUUCUUAAAGCAGGUUUCUAGUCCUCAUGGUUGAACACAGGGCAGGCAGUCUCAACAGAGCUCUCUGAUAGUUAAGAUGUGGAUUUUCUGUGCAUCCUUUGCUGCUCCUGCCUCCUUCCUUAUCCUGUGUACAUGGUUUCACCAACAUUUAAGUUUGGUGUCAACAAAACCUGCAGAUGGUGCAUAAUUCUGCUUCUGCUUACUGGGGGAGGGAGAGACUGGCACUCAGUCCUCUGCCACUUAGAAAUCUUUGCUCAGCCCUCGCUUUUGAGCUUUUAGCAGGUAUUGCUAAUACACUUUCAAGAGAAGAGGAGGCGGGUUUGGAAUGGGGGGAGGGAAUGGCUAAUGAUCUCCUAUAUUACUGACAAGUUUUCCCCUUGAUUCUUUCCCUCCCUGUAUAUCUUUGCAUCUGAGCAGGCAGAUGAAAUGGCAAGAAGCGUGUCUGAGCAUCUCUGCUGCUAUCUUGGAGAUCCUGAACGCUUGGGAGAACGGGGUUCUCACCUUUGAGUCCGUCCAGGUAAUGACAAAGAGCAGGCAUUUCUAGUGAGCCUUGUAUACAAAGGAGAUGUGUUGCUGUUCACCUUUUAAAAGCCCACCACCAUUCAGAAGCAAAAAUCCGAAUCGGGAAUGGUGCAAAAACAUUCUGGGCUGUACCAUGCAACAGGGAGGCUGCGUGUUUCUCCCUUUAUAGAAAGAGAAAACUGUAGCAACAAACGCACUACACAAUCCUGAUGAUUUGGUGCUUUAGGCUUGUUCUUUCUCUUGCAUCGGUACAUAUGGGAUGCAUAGAAUUGAGAGUUGGACGUGAUCUUACAACUACUGCUGCAGUUGCAGUAUGUUUGGUAUCCAAACCAUCCCUCAAUGAAUGAAAAGUAAAAAAUCUAGAGUCUCAACAGCUGCCUUCUUGCCUUGCUUUCCCUCCUCUUCUUCCUCCCUUCCCCAGAAAAUCACAGACAACAUCAAGGGGAAGGUGUGCAGCAUGGCCGUGUGCGCUGUGGCCUGGCUCGUAGCUCACGUCCGUAUGCUGGGCUUGGACGAGAGAGAGAAGUCACUGCAGAUGAUCCGGCAGUUGGCAACUCCCCUGUAUGCUGAAAACACCCUGCAGUUCUACAGUGAGAGGCAAGUAAGAGUCUGGGUAGCAGAAAACAGGGUGUUAAGCUAAGGGUUUAAAAUGUGGGGUAAAGGCUGCAUCUGCAGGGCAGGUUAACCUGCUUGUAUUCUGCUUUGUGCCCCUGGUGCGUGUUCUGCUUUUUUGUAUGAUUUCCAUGCUGAUAUCAUGUGUCUCAUAAAAAACACUGACUUAAGCAUCCUGAAAGAUCAGAUAUAACUGGGAGGGGGCCCAGGCUUUUUGCUGCAUGGAAAAAAAAGUUUGAAUACUCUUUGGUUAAAGCAUAGUGCUGCUAACGCCAAGGUUGCAGGUUUGACCCCCUUAUGGACCAGCUGCAUAUUCCUGCAAUGAAGGGGGUUGGACUAGAUGAUCCUCAGGGUCCCUUCCAACUCUACCAUUCUGUGAUUCUGUGGCUUCACAGGCAGUACAGGCAGUGAGCAGUUGAUCAGGCUACUCUGGCUACUCUGGCUACCAGGCUGCACUGCCACUGUUCUUAAGGUGGCCAUCCUGGGACAAAAAGAGCAUCAGAGGGAACCUGCAAUGUGAAGCUGCUGAAUUGCCACUCCUUCAUCUGGGUCUGAAUGGAGACAUUGGUUUCCUGUCCCAGUGCGAGUGUUAGAUUUACACAGCAGCGCUAAGAUAAUUCUGUUAUUCCUCAAUCACUGCUGCUAUGAAGAGUCAUUUUGCAAAUAUUAAGCGCUGGUCAAAGACUGCUUCAGCACAUUCCUUAGAGCCUCAACUCAAUGCCUUUAGUUGACGUUGCUUGGAAUUUGGGGGCAUCAGCAACUUGGAGCUGCCAAAGAAGCCUUGAUAAGGAUGCAGGUUUAGGUGGUCAUACUUUACCCUUUUUUCUCUCCCCUGCCCCCCGUCCAGAGUGGUGAUCAUGAGUUCAAUCCUUGAGCACAUGUGUGCUGAUGUCCUGCAGCAGACAGCUGCGAAUAUCAAGUUCUCAGCCACAGGGGUCGUCACUAUGCCCUACUGGAACUUCCUUCCUGCCAAGAAGCCAAUCAAAGAGGUGCUGAUGGGCGUCUUCUCCAAAGUGCUGGAGAAAGGCUGGGUGGACAGCCGCUCCAUCCACAUCUUCGACACCCUUCUGCACAUGGGCGGAGUCUACUGGUUCUGCAACAACCUUGUCAAGGUAUAGGGCACAUGCGAGUACUGUACUUUUCCAACAGCUAGAAAAAAGACUUCACCUAUUGGAGGCAUUAUGUUGUAAAUGGUUUUCCUGAAAUUGUUGUGGGUGCCAUGCUUUAGUAGAAGAUGUGGGUUGUAAAUGCUUAAUAAAUAAGUGGAAUAGCUUUGCUUUUCAUAAAACAGGUGGUCAAAAGGCUCUGAAUAUGUUCUGAAAACCCUCACCCACUCUCCUAUGAGGCAGAAAAGUUUUCUUUCUGCAUUCCCAAUUGGGUGAGGCAAGACUGAAGCAGAGAGAGAGUGGCUUGCCUCUAAGUCACCCAAGGGAUUCUCACGAUGACGCCAUGAUUUGCAUUCUUGGCCUUACCGUAGCUCAUUAGCAGCUACAUUCAGCCUAGAUGAGGCUACUCGGAAUUGCAGUCUCUUGAUGCCUGGCCUCAGCUGCAUGCCUUCCUAUAUGCAUAUUUGAGAAAGACCUGUGAGCUAAUUAGGAAUAGUCAAGUCACAUAAUUCUAAGCUCACUUCCCCCCCCCCCCAUUACAUUGCCUAUUAUUAUUAUUAUUAUUAUUAUUAUUAAUUAUUUACUUACACCCCGCCCAUAUGACUGGGUUGCCACAGCCACUGUGAACAGCUUCUAACAGAAUAUAAAAAAGCAAAGAGGAACAUCAAACAUUAAAAACUUCCCAAUACAGGGCUCUGUUCAGAUGUCUUCAGAACAUCUGAUGGGAGGGCGUUCCAUAGGGCAGGUGCCACUACCAAGAAGGCCCUCUGCCUGGUUCCCUGUAGCUUCGCAUUUCGCAAUGAGAGAGCUUCCAGACGGGCCUCGGAACUGGACCUCAUUGUCCAGGCUGAACGAUGGAGACAGAGACUAAAUGUCGACAGUGAUGGACUCAGGUGGAACUCUAGAGCAGACAGUUUCCAAAGGUUCAGGACCAUGACAGACACAUCCCUGGGGGUAUUUGUAGCUGCAUGUAGUGAACUGAAUGCCUCCUAAGUAUAUUCCCUGCUCCUAACCAUCUGAGAGGUGGGCUUAUGUGGGUGAAAAUUAUGCCUCUCUCUCUACCUACCCCCUCCACUUCUUUCUGUUGGGGAUACUGCAAGAGGAAUGUUUCUUCUGCUGUGUUUAGCUGCACAGUGCUUUUCUAUGGAGCUGUUUCUUUCUUUUUUCUUUUUAAAUAAUUUUUAUUAACAGGCCAAUCACAUCACAUUAUCCAAAUCACAUUAGUUCCAAAUUAUACAGCCAAAUUUUAAAUUUUGUUGGGGGUACCCAUACAUCAAGCUCCGCACGAUUCCAAAACUCCGAACGAGUCCAAACAUCACUUAUAUUACUGCUUUAAUUAGACAGUUCUAUCCAGUUCAAUCUAGAUAGUCCUUUAUUACUUUCUUUCUCUUCUUGUUGUUAUCGUAUAUUCCUUUCUUUGCGAUCUCUGAUAAUUUUCACAAGCAGAUUGAAAACAGGCAUCCUCUGUGUGGGUUUUGUACUCUUCAAAGAUCAUAUCGCUCAGGGACAGCCUCUGUUCAACGCUUCCAUAAAAACUUAAUCUUUCGCCUGUCCUUUACUUUUCUCAGGCUUGCCAAAUAAAUCAAAUGAAUCAGGAGGCUCUGUCAGGUCAAGCUUGCGUUCCAACAUUCCUUCUCUUUCGAACGAUCCUGAUUCUCCUCCCCCUGUCCUUCUUUCUCCAGCAAGCCUGUCUCGGCGAGACGCCAUUUUUUAACUGCGUCAUAAAAAUUUUCCUCUUUCUCACCGUUCACCAAUCCUCUCUCCUGUUAUAAUCCAUCCCACACAGUUCUUGAAUUCCUGCUUGUGAUUAAUAAAAACGCAACGAUCUUAUUUCUAUCUGGGGUGAAGGGUUAUUAAUAUCACAUCGUGCAAAGAAAAAAAAGUUUUUUCCUCCACCCCCCCUUCAUUCCAAACAUACAGUCUCCUAGUGGUGAUUCAUCAGAAGAUUUACUUAUCCAUCCGUCACUCCCGGUCACAGAGAUCCAUUAAUCAGCAGUCUUAUCCUCGAACAUUACUUGAUGUAUGUGCUUCAGCUUCAUUCCAAGCAUAUGUUUCCAAUUAUAAUUCCGAGCUGAAGCUAACCAGCACGCGCUAAUUGGAAUCGGCGUCAGGAAGAUCUGACUUCACCGAGGGCUCGUGCCAAGUGUUCGGCACCCCCAUCUCUCGGAUCGGGGGUGCAUUGUGAACACCACUGGCAAGGCAGCGCCCCCCCCCGUCUCCUGGGGGGGUAGGAAGACUGCAUACUUCCCAUAGCAGCCCCUUAAUUACCUCGUAUGGGUCAGAGAGAUGUUAUUGUCGGCCAUAUUCCAACGCGCCACCUGGUGGCCCCUCUAUGGAGCUGUUUCUGACCACUGACAAAGCGUGGGCGAGAGAGAGUCUGUGUGAGUUUCUGCCAUAGGCUCCCAGAGUAGUUUGGCACUCAUGGCAUUAAGUGAGGAGCAAAUGUCGCUGCUCGUUGCCCCUAUCCUCUUGUCACUUUCUGUCGUCCUCUCUUCCCUCCCAGGAGCUGCUGAAAGAGACACGGAAAGAGCACGCAAUGCGGGCUGUGGAGUUGCUCUACUCCAUUUUCUGCCUGGACAUGCAGCAGCUGACGCUCACCCUCCUGGGACACAUCCUGCCCAAUCUGCUCACAGACUCCUCCAAGUGGCAUAUGCUGAUGGAUCCUCCGGGCAAGGCUCUUGCCAAGUAAGAGAUGAGCAGACAGGUGUUAAUGAGCCCCAAUUCUGUGCCGGUAUGAAAUCCACAAGCCAAAACUUGAUGUGAUGUUAAGGACACCGGUGCCAAUUUUUUUUGCAGAGUUUAUUCAGUUUCUGGUUGCCAUGAGAAAGGGAAAAAUAUUGAGUGAUGAAGCUCUGUCUCCAGCUUCCUGUGAAUCCUGCAUUCCGUAGUUACCAGGUACCAGUGAGGUUAUAGGGAACCAGACAGAGGGCCUUCUCAGUAGUGGCACCUGACCUGUGGAAUGCCCUCCCAUCAGAUUUCAUGGAAAUAAGCAACUAUCUUACUUUUAAAAGACAUCCGAAGGCAGGGAAGUUUUUAAUAUUCAUUUGGGAGCCUCCCAGAGUGGCUGGGGAAACCCAGCCAGAUGGUAAAGGUAAAGGUAUAGGGACCCCAGACCAUUAGGUCCAGUCGUGACCGACUCUGGGGUUGCGGCGCUCAUCUCGCUUUAUUGGCUGAGGGAGCCGGCGUACAGCUUCCGGGUCAUGUGGCCAGCAUGACUAAGCCGCUUCUGGCGAACCAGAGCAACGCACGGAAACGCCGUUUACCUUCCCGCCGGAGCGGUACCUGUUUAUCUACUUGCACUUUGACGUGCUUUCGAACUGCUAGGUUGGUAGGAGCUGGGACCGAGCAACGGGAGCUCACCCUGACGCGGGGAUUUGAACCACCGACCUUCUGAAUGGCAAGUCCUAGGCUCUAUGGUUUAACCCACAGCGCCACCCACGUCCCAGCCAGAUGGGCGGGGUAUAAGUAAUAAAUUAUUAUUAUUGCUAUUAUUGCCCUGUACCCUUUCAAGCCAUGAAAACUAGAGUCCUUCCUUCCUUCCUUCCUUCCUUCCUUCCUUCCUUCCUCCCUUUCUUUCUUGUGAAAACAUUUUGCUGAGCGCUUUAAAACAUGUCAAAUAAUGAUAGCUGAAAGCUAGAAGCAAUAAGACAUGGGAAGUUAAAAAAUGACCACAAAUUGCAAAUGCUGUUAGAGGCAAGCUUUGGGAAUGAAACAUGGGAGUCCUUCCAGCCCAUCUCCAAGGCCCUCCUAGAACUUCAAAGCUGAAUUCCCACAAACACUAACAAGAAACAUAUUUUUAUGCAUGAAGGCAGUAAAAAUGGCACAGUUUCACAACCCAAAUGCAAGCUUCUAGGGUUCACUCCAUUAAACCACAAGCUUGGCUUUUCUCAUAUUGCCCCAGCAAUAUGUUGUUUCCCCCCAUUGAGGCCGCCUUACAAGCUUAGCGUGACAUCUUGUGUGCUGGGGCACCAGGGAUGAUGGGGUCCAGGGAGUGGAAGAAUGCAUUUAUUGAUGUAAACUUAAGGAGACAUUCUCUGAUUACUGAUCUCCUCCAAAUAUGAUGCUAGUUUCCCUGUACUCCUUAUACGGUAUGAGAAUGUCGUGGUUCAUGAAAACCCGCAUCAAGUAAGAAAAAGCAAAAAAUCACUUGUCCUUCUUUGUAGCUGAUGUAUGUUUCUUUUUCCAUUAGGCUGUCUGUGUGGUGUGCCUCCAGCUCUUACUCCUCCCACAACAAGGGGCAGACUUCGGCUUGGCAGCGCAAGAGGCACCGAGAAGAUAUAGAGGUAAACUGCUGUUCCCACAAGGAUGUUGGGAAAAGGAAAGCAGGCCGCAGUGGAUUGAUAAGUGCAAUUGGAGUGGCUGGAUGUGAAGAGGCGAGAGGAAUGAAUGGGGGAAGGAGAAUUGUGCAAAAAAGCAAACUUGUACAAUUUUCAGUUGUAAAAUUUAAUUAUGAUUUUUCAUUUUUAAAAUUUAAUCACAAUUUUAAAUUGCAAGCUUAGAGAUUGUAGCAAAGGAAUUGUCUUUCCUUGACCUCUAAGAACAUUAGAAACCAGCAACACCUUAUUGGAUCAGACCAAGGAUUCAAAUCAACUAGCGUUUUGUUUCCAGGAACAGCCAGUCAGUUGCCUCUGAGAGGCUCAGAAAAAGGGCAUGGAAGUGACAACCUUCCCUUAAUUUAUGUUCCCAAAAUCAACCUGGUAUUGAGGUUCUUUUUCACUACCAUGACUAAUAGCUGUUGAUAGACGUGUUCUUCAUGAAUUUGUCAAUCCUUCAAUAAGGUGAUCUGAUCAUGGUUAGCUAUCUUCCCCGCCCCCACCCCUUCUGAUAUUGUGUAGCAUCUUGGACUGCAUGCAACCCUAUCUGAAACAAUUUUGGACUUUAGUUUUCCUUACCUGCUUGCAUUAAAAAAUAUAUAUGCAGACCCCUGAGAUAUGAAACUUUUUAUGAUACCAAAGUGACUCCCUAUGUUUGCUAAGCUCUUGGGCAGGCAUAGGCAAACUUGGCCCUCCAGAUGUUUUGGGACUACAACUCCCAUCAUCCCUGACCACUGGUCCUGUUAGCUAGGGAUGAUGGGAAUUGUAGUCCCAAAACACCUGGAGGGCCAAGUUUGCCUAUGCCUGCUCUUGGGAACUUCACCAGAGUCCAUGCAUCAGAUAAUGUGGCUCUGCAGUGUUAGAAAUUCCAAAAACAAUUAUUAUUAAGUGAGCACACACAGAGAAAAAAAGUUCUGUAUGAAAAUAAGAGGUGUGGCGCACAGGGGAACAGGAAAGUCUUUUUUUUUCUCAUUCUAUCCCUUGCUUCUUCGUGGAUGCUUCUUCAGCUGAUCCAGUGAAGGAGAAAAACCAUAGUUCAGUAAGAUUAUAUACUUGGGUUACAGGAGGCCCCAAUUUCAGUCUUCAGCAUCUGCUGGUUGGGCUGCGAAAGACUUCUGCCUGAAUCCUUGGAGAGACAUGGCAAGUCAGGGUAGAAAAUACUCUGCUAGGCGGACCGACAGUCUGACCUUGGUACAAAGCAAGCUUCCAGGCUGGUGACUGGGAGUGGCUGCCAAGACCAUAUAACACCAGUCCUGAGAGACCUACAUUGGCUCCCAGCACGUUUCCGAGCACAGAGUGUUGGUGCUGACCUUUAAAGCCCUAAACAGCCUUGGCCCAGUAUACCUGAAGGAGCGUCUCCAUCCUCACCCUUCAGCCUGGACACUGAGGUUCAGCUCCGAGGGCCUUCUGGUGGUUCCCUCACUGCGAGAAAUGAAGCUACAGGGAACCAGGCAGAGGGCCUGCUUGGUGGUGGCGCCUGCCCUGUGGAAUGCCCUCCCAUCAGAUGUCAAUGAAAUAAACAACUAUCUGACUUUUAGAAGGCAUCUGAAGGUAAUCCUGUUUAGGAAAGUUUUCAAUGUUUGGUGUUUUUCUCCUUCUUCUUCUUCUUCUUCUUCUUCUUCUUCUUCGAGCCACCAGAGUGGCUGGGGAAACCCAGCCAGAUGGGUGAGGUAUAAAUUAAUAAUAAUAAUAAUAAUAAUAAUUCCUGUUUCUGUGAGAUCAGUGUGCAAAAGCAGCUUGUUGCAUUUGCAAAUGGAACAGACAUUUUACAAACAAGAGGAGGAUACCAUUUCAUUUCUGCAGUGUGUCACAUCCAUUGUGGAGUAGCUCAGCCCUGUGAGGUAGGUUAGAACUGGAGUUUGAAUUGGGGGCUUGUGGGUCACAGUUCAGUCUCAGGCAUCACACUACAAUGGCUCUCUGGCACCUCUUCUUCCUUCUUUUAAAUAUGCUGAUGAGAAAUGGAGUAUGUGAAUCAUCCUUUUUUUUGAGAGAGGCAAAGGUGAGACAGUACAAGUCCAUACAUGAAUGACAAAAUCAGGACCAGACCGCCUGCCUUAUUCAUGGUUGUGUAUAUCAGUAACCUUGAUGGACUCUUUUCUGUCCUUUCGGUUCCUCUUCCAGGAUUACACCAGUCUCUUCCCGUUGGAUGAUACCCAGCCUUCCAAACUGAUGCGCCUGCUCAGCUCCAAUGAGGAAGACACCAGCAUCCUGUCUAGCCCCAGUAAGUGGAAUCAUGGUGAGAAAGCUUUUCCUGGAAUUAAUAUGAAUCCAAACAGGCUCCCUGGAAAAGACUGGCCAAUCUUGAAUCCAUUCUAAACCUGACUAAAGCUCAUUCCACUUCCUCUCUCUCUCUCUCUCUCUCUCCUUUUAACCACGUCAAAACAACAACUUCUCUCCAUCUGGGAGGAUUCAGAUUAGAUGGAUCUAUUUAAAACAUUUUAAUAUUUUGCUUUUUUUAAAAAAAGUUACUUAUUGUGAACUGUGCUUUCUCCAAGAUAAUAAAUAAAUAGGUAUAAGCCACAGGGAAUGAAUGUGGGGAUUACUUUGUUUACUUCAGGGAAAAUUUAGGUGUGCUGUUUGGAAGGGGUGGAGGCAUCAGAGCUCAAUGUAGAUCAUGUGCCAAUGCAGCUCCUCAGCUAUCUAGCAUUUCUGGCCCUUACUGGAGGCUUCAACACAUCAUUUUGAUUUGUAAUUGUGCCCCCUGGGAGGGUAUGCUAUCAGGAGCAUGUAAAGGUAAAGUUUCCUACCUUACUGACUUUUUAAAAGUUAAGGAUAGCGGCACAGCGCAGAACACUGUUGGCAGUGGAAGUGUCCAAAACAGUGUCUGGCUCAGCGUAGGCAUCCAACUCGGAUGGAAGAAUCUCUUGAUAUGAAGGAAGACAUGGCGCAGGAACUAAAAACCAAAAACUACUAGAUGGAAGGAAGACAAAAGUCCCUACCAGAGAAGAAUGGCAGGUUAAGUUGAUGGAUUAUGCUGAAAUGGCAAAAAUGACCGGAAGAAAUCAGAAAUCAGGAAGACCAAAAUUUCAAUAAGGAAUGGGGAAAAUGUAUAAUUUAUCUUAAAAACCAUUGUGUAAACAGCUAAAAUCAUUAGUAGGAUUGGAAUAGUACUUGUAGUUUAAUGUUGAGUUUUGGAUAUAAUGGAGAUGUAAAAGGUUUGGGUUAUUAUAAAAGAUGCAGGAGGAAAUGGUUAACACAAGGACCCACAAAGGGGAGGAAGGAAGUUCAGGAGUUUCUUUGGAAUCUUGUUUUUAUGUUGGUUGCUGGAUAAUUGACUGUAAAACUUUAAACUGAAAAACUAAAUAUUUUUUUUAAACUAAAAACUUCUUAGAAACAACAGAGACCUGGGUGGGCUGUGUCCAGGAGGAGCUGUAAAAGCUAGUAAAAGGUGCUUCAUGCCACAAAUCCCACUUGGGCUUUCUGUGUUCUGGGGAACCAAGAGCCACAUGCAAAGAGAAAGGCCACUUUCCUAUGCAGCUCCAGUAAUCAGCUCACAGAUGAGAACCAGGAGAUCAAAUGAUCAGUAACUUUGUCAGUAGGGGAAACUGGUGACCUCUUGUUUAUAGAUAUGGAGAACAUCACUGCUCAUCACCUUGGAUUCUUGCCCGGUGAUUCAGAGAUCUUGUUUUUGUAUAUUUCCAUUGCUCUCAAGGCCCGUGAUUUCCCUUUAUUUCGUUAUCCUUUUGUUGUGGUUUUACUUUUGUCUACAUAACAAUGCAAUUGGGGAGUUUUCUCUCCCUAAUUCCUCCUGUCAUAGCAGUGAUUUGGCACACCCGUGUUUCCUCUCUGAUUUGCAUACGAGAUUAUUUACAACCAAGCCUCUAUCCUUGAUCCAGCUAUGAAUCAGAGGGAGUGUUGGAAUUUAACUUCCUUUCUUGCAGCAUCAUUGUAUCUGAUUCCACUCUCAGGGCAGUUCCAUGGCAGAAUUGUGGAAAUGGAUAGAGAAGGUCUGUGAAACCCACCACCCAAGGCUGGACUGCUUAGCUUUUAAACACUUGGUGGUGCAGUUGAUUUUGUAACCUAUCUUUGUACAUUCCUCAGUUAUACCACAUAGAACAGAUCUGGGCCCAAUUGGCACUGAGUUUAACAGUUGACCAAUCUCUGUGUUCAUUUCUUCUUAAAAAAAGAAGUUUCUAGUCCUCUUGGGAUAUUUGCAGCAGGUACUCAAUCACACCUUGUUCAUUUUUUAGUGUUCUAACAUGCAAUGUGGUAAGAUGAAGUUAAAUCUUUACAUUUCCAUGGUGCAGGGGUGGGGAACUGGAUAUAACUAGCGGGCCAGAUCAUUCUCCCUCUCUCUACCAACAGCCAGGUCCAGAUUUGACAAGGGGGCAGGGCCACCACCUGUCAUUCACCUGACAUCACACAAUGACAUCAAGUGACCCUUAUUUGCCCACAUGGUUUGAAAUCAAUGUGCAGCAGAGGGACAGCCUUCAAAGUGCCAGUGAUUAACUGAUCGUCGGAUCUUGGGAAUCCCCUUGCAAACUGCUCUGGAAGACCAGAUGAUCUUGCUGGAUCUUGACGAACUCUUCACAGGACUCGAUGAUCAGCUGAUUCUUGAAUGUUGCAAAGCCCUGUGCGCAGUGCUUUGCUGGUGCCACCAAUCAGCUGAUCGCCAAUGCUGCGAACCCCCAUUUGGCUUGAGCCAGGUCUUUAUGCAUCCCAUACCUGACAUCAGGCAUAGGGCAGGUGCUCAUGGCUUGUCCAAAACGGCCUCACAGAACAAAUUGGGGGCAGUGGGCUGGCAAAGCCUAAUUCUGCUUGCAGGCUGGAGCUUCCGCACCCCUGACAGACUGCUUUCAUAUGCCAAAAUUAUUUCACUUACAUUACUAUGUUGUAAUCCUUCCAGUAGUCGUGCAUAGUAGGUCAGUGCUGUUAUCCCCAUAUUGCAGAUGGGGGGCUAUUGCCUGAGAGAAAAUGGCCUGAGGCCUUGUGGAGGUAACAUACGUUGAACACUUGGAAAUACUAAAUUGUGGUGCUGUUAGUUUAGUGUAAUGUUGUUGAACAUUAGGAUGGUGAUCCAACAUGAUCAAAGUGACUUGCCAGAAACCUGCUGCUGCUGCUGCCACCAUCUUGUCAUCCCAAGCCCCUCAGGCAGCCAUUAGAAAAGGGAAGGAAGGUCCAAUUCAAAGGCAUUUCCUGUUUGGGAUGCAAGUAGUCACCAAACUCUGGUAUUUUCUCUACUUUCAGCAGACCGCACGAUGAGCACUUCGCUGUCCGCCUCGCAGCUGCACACAGUCAGCAUGAGAGAUCCUCUCAACAGAGUCCUAGGUAAGCCUCUUCAGUCCUAGCUAAGCGGAGGGGAAAGUUAUAGAAGCAGGCCAGGCACCCAGCUGGCCUGGUUGAAAUGUAGCUCAGUUUAUGUGGGGCUUCGUUUGAUGAUCACUAGGGGUUCAGCCGUGAAACCUGCUUUUGAACGUUUCAUGGAAUGAUAGAGGCGGAAGGGGUCUUUGCAGUCAUCUAGUCCAACCUCCCCCCGCCCCCCGUAUCAAUGCAUGAUCUGCAGUGUAGAAUAAAAUGGCAACAUCCCUGCCAGGUGGUCAUCUAGACUUCGCUUAAAUCAAAGCAGGGGAACCUAUCCCCUCCUGAGGCAGUCUGUUCCACUGUCAAGGCAGCACUAUGUUAAAUCUCUCCAGUACCAUGAACUCCCUGCUUGGUGGCCUUGGGCAAGCCACAGCCUGCCGGCGUGCGGUUACUGAUGUUGGGAUAAACUGAAUCGUGGCUGCCAAAUGAAAACCUGUUGGAGAUAUAACUGCAACAAUAUCACUUUGCGGGGGUUUUGUAAGGAUCACAGAGAAAAGAUGCACUUGAAAUUCUAUCUAUAGAUAUAGAUGCAUGUAUGUAUGGUGAAUAUUACUAUUAACAUUAUUAUAGUCGUACCUUGGAAGUUAAAUGGAAUCUGUUCCGGAAAUCCGUUCGACUUCCAAAGCGUUCGACUUCCAAAGCGCAGCUUCUGAUUGGCUGCAGGAAGCUCCUGAAGCCUAUCGGAAGCCACGGAAGCCCCAUCGGACGUUCAGCUUCCAAAAGAACAUUCAAAAACCAGAACAGUCACUUCUGAGUUUCGAUCGUUCGGGAGUCAAAAUGUUUGAGAACUAGGGUGUUCGAAAACCAAAGUAUGACUGUACAGUGGUACCUCGGGUUACAGAUGCUUCAGGUUACAGACACUUCAGGUUACAGACUCAACUAACCCAGAAAUAGUACCUCGGGUUAAGAACUUUGCUUCAGAAAUUGCGUGGCGGCAGAACAGAAAUUGCAUGGUGGCAGCGGGAGGCCCCAUUAGGUAAAGUGGUACCUCAGGUUAAGAACAGUUUCAGGUUAAGAACAGACCUCUAGAACGAAUUAAGUCCUUAACCCGAGGUACCACUGUAUUUUAAAAAACUGAAAAAUAGUUUAGAGGAGACAAUGCUUAGUUCCUCCCUCUUCUGCUCCCCAGCCAACCUCUUCCUGCUGAUUUCUUCCAUCUUGGGAGCCAAGACAGCUGGGACACACACACAGUUUGUUCAGUGGUUCAUGGAGGAGUGCGUAGACUGCUUGGAGCAAGGAAGCCGUGGCAGCAUCCUCCAGUUCAUGCCCUUCACCAUGGUGAGCGACUCCCAAUUUCCUCUUGAAGAUUUCUGUAGUCUCUCUUCGGGCUCUUGGUCCAUUGCUGCUCUUUAGGAAAGCUUUUGGCUUAUAGGGGGUUGCAGGCAGACUUCUUUCCACGUGACCUGAGUAAAGGCCCAUUCCCUGCAGUUUUUCUCACUCAGCAGUCACAACUCAACAUGGCCCCUGGGAAAUAAGGAAUCAUUAAGGGAAGCCACCUCCAUACCUUUGGGUGCCCUAUUUUAGCCCCUUGAACUUCUGAGCCAUGUGGAAAGAACUGUCACCUGGAUCUUGGUCCUAGUUGGUUCUUUGCACUUCAGAGUUCAGUUUUGGAUUAAUUUAACAGAUAGAGAGCCACAUAACGUUAGGGGGGUUUGCUUCCAAAGUGGCUAAACAGUGGUGUACAAAACAGGUGGGUUUUGUGUGUGGCGACGAUGCACUAUAUGCCAGCAAAAGUGUUACUAUGAGCUGGGGGGGGGGUGCCUUCUAAGUACCCAACAGUCGUAUGACCUGGCCCAGAAAGGCACAAGCAAAUCUUCCCUUUGCAGUUCCCCAAUGCAUGUAGACCAGUCUUCUCCAACUUGGUGCCCUCCAGAUGUUGCUGGACUGCAGCUCCUAUCUUCCCUGACCAUUGGCAUUGUUGGCUGAGACUGGUGGGAGACAUAGUAUAGAACAUCUGGAGAGCACCAGAUGGAGGAAGGCUGGUACAGAUGAUCCAUAUGAAUCCUAAGAGUUCAAGUCUCUGGUUCUCUGUUGUUAGGAAAGGCAAACACUAGAGGGAGUCUGUUGGCAGGAAUUGACAGCUCCAGAGACAAUGACAGAGGAGUAAGUGAGGGUCACCCUAAGCUGCAAUCCUGUGUACAAUUACUUGGUGUAAAGCCCAUUGAACACAGUGGGACUUAACUGCUGAUUAAGCUUGCAUAGGAAUGUACCAUUAAACACAUAUCAUAGGUUGAGAGAAAAUGUACUCAAGGAACAUAAUUGAUCCAUUUCUUUGACUUGUACAUGCACAUACCUUCCUCUUUGAAGAAGCACUAGAGAUGUGAGUUUUGCAGAAAUAUGAAGGUGGGAAUUGUCCCCAGCUUUUGAUGGUGUCUGUUGUGUGCAUGUAAAACUAUAUGUUUAAAGCUUUAUUGAGUUUGCACAUUACAGAAUGUUGGGGUUGAUGUAGAAUGUAAUCCUGCAGACUUUUCAAAAUCAGUUGAGAGGGAACAAUUGUUGAAAGGAACAAAAUAAUAAUAACUGUUGUCAUUUAUUCUGCUUUACCUGUUAUUCCACUUUGAGCAUAACAGGUAAGGUUCCAGUAUCUCCUCAGCUACUGUUAAUCCUAUGCUGGGAGUGCCUAGGCCAGAAGGUAUAAAUUCUCAAUAUCAACCUCUUCUUAAAGGGAAAAAGAUCUCAUGGGGAAAUCUACUCCCUCACCACCCUGGAAUUUCCAGCUUCCUCAGCAUCCAAAAGACUCUGGGAAAAGAGGGUUGUGUAAAGGCCAAUUAAAGAUUUUCAUGCCUUGAGGAAAAGCAGAAAGGAAGAAGCCCAGGCCAGGGAGUUUAGGUCAUCAGCUCCUGAACAGACUUCCAGUAGCCUGAGAUAUGCCUGCUGUUCUCUUGUAACUCUCCUUAUCCCCUGUAUUUCAAAUUUGUUUACUGCCCAGAAUGCCUUGGCAGAAAGACAAUAAAAAAAAAUUAUUGACCUUUUGUAGCUAUUUAUGGCUUACAAUUCCAUGAAUCAUGCCCAAGUCUGCUAAUAUUUACAAGUGCAGUAAAUAAAUAUAAACACCCCUACACGCGGUAUGAGACACAGGCUAGGCAGUGCUUCUGGACCAGUGCCACAAGCUCUCUUGAGUUGUUGCUUUGCCAUGGAGGGAAAUGGGUCGCUAAAGAGGAACCUACACUACACCCCAGAGCUCACUCUGCUAGUAUCUACUUGCCACUGACAUGUCUUCCUUAACCUCUUUCCCCUUCUUUACUUCUGGGCAGGUGUCGGAGUUGGUGAAAGCAUCCACCAUGUCUAGCCCAAGAAUUGUGCUGGCCAUCACGGAUCUCAGCUUGCCUCUGGGACGCAGGGUGGCAGCCAAAGCCAUCGCUGCCUUAUGAGCAUCCCGUGGGCCCUGCUGCGGGUGAGAUGGGGAACCCUAAGGUCAAAAUCCCACCGAUGGGAUAAUGGAGAACACUCUCUGUUCCAAGGAAGCUACCACGUGGCGUGCGUUGAAUUGUGUACAUGCUCUACAGAAGUGAGCAUUGCUGUGAUGAGAAAAUACGCCGGGGCAGACCCCUGAGUCGGUUUCCAAGGCAUCUCAAGAGUGUCCUUCCAGUUGGUUUGGAGUCCCCAUGGUUGCCAUCCCAGCUUUUCCAAGGAUCCUUGGCAUUCCAAGUCUUUCAAGCCACACUUCCACUUCUCACACAUGUGACAUCUGAAUGUGUCCAUCAGUUUUUGCUAAUACUCCCCCCCUUUUGUUUGUCUUGUUUUAUAUAUGCCUGGGUGUAUCUUUUUCUCUUUAAUAAUCAAAUACUUGAACGAAACUACAUUUACAAGCAGCACAUCCCAUUACAAGGUGUCUCAGAAGUGCCAUGGUUUUUGAUAUUUUAGCAGUAUGUUUAAAAAAGUUACAGAAAUCAUUAUGAAAACAGCUAUAUUAUUUUAUGUGUGUGUGUGUGUGUGUGUGUGUGUGUGUGUGUGUGUGUGUGUGUAUAUAUAGAGAGAGAGAGAGUUUUUAUUCAUUUUCAACAAUAUAGCAGUUCAACAAUGUAUAACAUGUAUUGUCAAUCUAAAAAAUACAAAAACAAAUUUAAAAAGUUUCUGAUCAAGACAUCAUUAUAAUUACAUUUAACAAUUUUCUAAUUAGGUCGAUUAUGUUUCAGCAUGGAAAAAAGCCAGCCUAGUCUGGGGCAACCAGUUUGUACAGUAAGUGUUUUAUAUGAUUGGCUAGCACAGAGGUAAAUAUCUUGUAAUCUUUAUUUAUCAAAUAACUUUAUUCUAUACCACUAUUUUCCUCUUCAGGGAAUAUAGAGGCUGAAUUUAGUAAACAGGAGAAUGUUGACAAUCCUACAUGCUUCCCCUCCUUGUCUUUGUGUAUAUAAGUUUAGACAAUUUCAGUUGCUUUUUUGUAUAAAUACUGGGAAGAAUCCUUUUUGUCCCCUCUUAAUAAAUUCAUAUGGUGAAACACAGAGCUAUGUUUAUCCCCUGGUUCCAUGAUCAUACCUUGGAAGCAGAGAGUUUGGGAUUGCACACAUAACUGAACAUCCUGGGAAUCUCAGCAAAUUUCUAAUCAUUAUGGAUGCAAAAAUAGGCUUUGAAAAGGAGGCCGUUUUUGGUUGGAAUCCCAGGAGCUUAGAUAGGAUAGUGUCGGACUAUUGAGCAGAGGUUCUAAGGCCCCCAACCUCAUUUUAUUUAGCCCUCAGCACGUUAAAAUUAACAGGGAGUCUUUUGUUAGCUUUAUUAUGGCAUAAGCUUUCGUGAACUGGAGCCUACCAUUGAAAAAAUCUUAUACCGUAUUAAAUUUGUUAGUCUU